CUGGGAAACCCCGGAUAUCGGCAGCUAAUGGCGGACACCGAACGUGUGGAGGAGAGUCUGGAGCGGGCGGAGGCCGAGGUAUGGACACUGGAUGGGGUCGGUGAUGAGAUGGGGGGUCGGUGGGGGGGUCGGUGAGUGAGAGGUCGGUGGGGGUCGGUGAGUGAGAGGUCGGUGGCGGUAAGGGGUCGAGUGAGAGGUCGGUGGCGGGGGUGAGGAGAGGUCGGUGAGUGGAGAGGUCGGUGGCGGGGGUGAGUGAGGAGUGAGAGGUCGGUGGCGAGAGGUCGGUGGCGGGGUGGAGUGAGAGGUCGGUGGCGGAGGGGGAGUGAGAGGUCGGUGGGGGGACUGAGAGGUCGGUGGUGGGGGGUGAUGAGAGGUCGGUGGUGGGGGGGUGACGGUGAGUGAGAGGUCUGGUGGGGGGUGGACGGUGAGUGAGAGGUGAUCUGUGAGCGAGAGGCCGGUGAGUGAGAGGUCGGUGGUGGGGGUGAUCGGAGGAGAGGUCGGUGGUGGGUGACGGUGAGUGAGAGGUCGGUGGGGGAAGUGGACGGUGGGGGUGAGUGAGUGAGUGAGAGGCCGGUGGUGGACGGUGGGGGGAGGAGUGAGGCAGGGGUGGUGAAGGGGGGGGGGGUGACGGUGAGUGAGAGGUCGGUGGUGGGGGGUGACGGUGAGUGAGAGGUCGGGGUGGUCAGUGAGUGAGAGGUGUGGUGGUGGGGGUGACGGGUGAGAGAGGUCGUGGUGGGGGGUGAUCGUGAGUGAGAGGGGUGGUGGAGUGAGGUCGGUGGUGGGGGGUGACGGUGAGUGAGAGGUCGGUGGUGGGGUGACGGUGAGUGAGAGGUCGGUGGUGGGGGGGGUGGUGAGUGAGAGGUCGCGACGGUGAGAGAGGUCGGUGAGUGGGGGGGUGAUCGGUGAGAGAGAGGUCAGUGGUGAUGGGGGUGACGGGAGAGAGGUAGGUCGGUGAUGGGGUGACGUGAGAGAGAGGUCUGUGAUGGGGUGACGGUGAGAGAGGUCGGUGAUGCGGGGGGUGACGGUGAGAGAGAGGUCGCGACGUGAGAGAGGUGACGGUGAUGGGGGUGACGGUGAGAGAGAGGUCGGUGAUGGGGUGACGUGAGAGAGAGGUCGGUGAUGGGGGGUGACGGUGAGAGAGACGGUGAUGGGGUGACGGAGAGAGAGGUCGGUGAUGGGGGUGACGGUGAGAGAGAGAGGUCGGUGAUGGGGUGACGGUGAGAGAGAGGUCGGUGAUGGGGGUGACGGUGAGAGAGAGGUCGGUGAUGGGGGACGGUGAGAGAGAGGUCGGUGGUGGGGGUGACGGUGAGUGAGAGAGGUCGGUGAGAGAGAUGGGUGACGUGAGAGAGGUCGGUGGUGGGGUGGAGAGAGAGAGGUGAGAGAGGUGAUGGGGGGUGACGGUGAGAGAGAGGUCGGUGAUGGGGGGGUGACGGUGAGAGAGAGGUCGGUGAUGGGGGGGUGACGGUGAGAGAGAGGUGCGGGACACACACUCGCUUGAGGGGCUCCUCUUUGUCUAUAUAUCUUCAUGUCUCCACUUAUCGUACAGUGCUGGGUACACGGUGCCUGUUUGGGGUCUGGGUAUGGAGUACAGUGCUGGGCACACGGUGCCUGUUUGGGGUCUGGGUAUGGAGUACAGUGCUGGGCACACGGUGCCUGUUUGGGGUCUGGGUAUGGAGUACAGUGCUGGGUACACGGUGCCUGUUUGGGGUCUGGGUAUAGAGUACAGUGCUGGGUACACGGUGCCUGUUUGGGGUCUGGGUAUGGAGUACAGUGCUUUGUACACGGUGCCUGUUUGGGGUCUGGGUAUGGAGUACAGUGCUGGGUACAUAGUGCCUCACAUUGUUUCUAAUGUAACAGUUUUUCUUGCUAAAAAAAAGGCCCUGUGCAUUGUAGGUAAUGGUUGAUAAGGAUGGCCUUCUGACGUGAUGCAGUGACUGAGCCUUGUGUAUUUGACCGGUCAGCAGUUUACAAAGGAGGGUUUGAGCCUAUGUUUACAUAGCUGUCAGAGUGCUGUCUGCAUUAAAUAAAUAUUCUAAGCACCAUAUCCACUAAGUGCUUUGUAAUGAUGGGGGGGGGGGGUUGUAAAUUGUCAAAUUUUAUUAGACUAGUUUGACUUGUUACUUGGGGUCUAAUGGGCGUUUCUUUGCUCUGUCAGAUCAGCUCAUGGAGAUGCAGGGCAUCAUUUAGUUGCUGGCACACUCUGCCAUUAAAUUUGCUUUUCACUGCAUGAGCUAGUAGACAUUCUUAAAGGACCACUCUAGGCACCCAGACCACUUCAGCUUAAUGACGUGGUCUGGUUGUCAGGUCCCUCUAGGAUUAACCCUUUUUUUUUUUUUUUUAUAAACAUAGCAGUUUCAGAGAAACUGCUGUGUUUAUAAUAGGGUUAAUCCAUCCUCCAAAUCCUCUAGCGGCUGUCUCAUUGACAGCCGCUAGAGGCACUUGCCUGAUUCUCACUGUGAAAAUCACAGUGAGAACACACAUUAUGAAUGCUUUCCUAUGAGACUGGCUGAAUGUGCGCGCAGCUCUUGUCGCGCGUGCACAUUCAGCCGAAUGGGAGGAUCGGAGGAGGAGGAGAGCUCCCUGCCCGGCGCUGGAAAAAGGUAAGUUUUAACCCUUUUCUCUCCCCAGAGCUGGGCGGGAGGGGGUCCCUGAGGGUGGGGGCACCCUCAGGGCACUAUAGUGCCAGGAAAACAAGUAUGUUUUCCUGGCACUAUAGUGGUCCUUUAAGCAGAGUGGAGGUGGGGCCCUUGAAUCAAUUGGAGGGGUUUGACCUCAAGCCAAACUAUUCAAAAACCCGUUUCAUAACUUAAAGGGACACAAUAGUCACCAGAACAACUACAGCCUAUUGUAUUUGUUCCGGUAAGUAGAAUCAUUCCCUUCAGGCUAGAGAACAUGCUAGUGAUGCCUCCACUGGCCACUCCUCAGAUGGCAGCUUGAGGUGCUUUCUGAGGCAGUGCUGCACAGUAUGACUAACAUUCAGUGUCUCCGUCCUCUGCAUGGGUACACUGAACUUUGCCUCAUAGAGAUACAUUGAUUCAGUGCAUUUAUAUGAGGAGAUGCUGAUUGGCCAGGACUGUGUUUGGCUUGUGUGGAUUUUUGCCCCUGGUCUUCCUUCCUAAUAGUUUCAGCCAACCCCAUGCUUUCAUAUGGGAAAGCAUUGUGAUUGGCUCAGAAUACCAUUUCUGAUGAUGUCCGUUAAAGGACCACUCUAGGCACCCAGACCACUUCCACUUAAUGAAGUGGUCUGGGUGCCUGGUCCAGCUAGGGUUAACCCAUUUUUUUUAUAUUCAUAGCAAUUUCAGAGAAACUGCUAUGUUUAUAAAUAGGUUAAUAAAGCCUCUAGUGGCUGUCUCAUUGACAGCCGCUAGAGGCGUUUGCGUGCUUCUCACUGUGAAAAUCACAGUGAGAAGACGCAAGCGUCCAUAGGAAAGCAUUAUGAAUGCUUUCCUAUGAGACUGGCUGAAUGCACGCGCAGCUCCUGCCACGCAUGCGCAUUCAACCGAAGAGGAGGAGGAGAGCUCCCCGCCUGGCGCUGGAGAAAGGUACGAUUUUAGCCCCUUCCUCUCCCCAGAGCCCGGCGGGAGGGGGUCCCUGAGGGUGGGGGCACCCUCAGGGCACUAUAGUGCCAGGAAAACGAGUAUGUUUUCCUGGAACUAUAGUGGUCCUUUAAGCAGGUAGGUGGUGGUUUUAACACUAUAGGGUCAGGAAUAGAUGUUUGUGUUUCUGACACUAUAGUCACCAAAACAACCUUCAUUUAAAGGAUCACUAUAGUGUCAGGAAAACAAAGCGGUUUUCCUGACACUAUAGUGCCCUGAGGGUGCCACCACCCCCAGGUUUCCCCUCCCGUGGCGCUGAAGGGGUUAAAACCCCUUCAGUUACUUACUUUAAUCCAGCGCCGGGCGCCCUCGCCGCUGGUGACCUCUCCGUCCGAUGUCAGUGGAGCUGAAUGUGCAUGCGCACCAAGUGUCUCAAUGCUUUCCUAUGGAUGCUCUGCGCGAUGGAUGCGAAAUUCGUAUCCAGCGUUGCAGAUACGUCUCUAGUGGCUGUCCGGAAGACAGCCAAUAGAGGCUGGAUUAACCCCAAAUGUAAAUAUAGCAGUGUCUCUGAAACUGUUUGCAUCUGAAGGGUUAAAACCUGAGGGACCUGGCACCCAGACCACUUCAUUGAGCUGAAGUGGUCUGGGUGACUAUAGUGUCCCUUUAAUGAAGCAGGAUGGGUGUAUAAAUCAUGCCCCUGCAGUGUCACUGCUCAAUUCUGACAUGUAGGAAUUCACUUUGUUUAUACUGUCCUAGGUACACCUUCCUGCAUGUGAUUUUUUUUUUUUAAUAUUGCAUUCCUAAACACUUACUGAAACAAGUCACCUAAUGUUUACACUUCCUUUAUUGCAAAUUCUGUUUAACUUAGAUUUUCUUAUCGCGUGCUGUUGGUAGAUCCCGCAGGAGCCUUCUAUGUGUUAUUCUCUAGGGCUGCACUGUUCCUUUGCAACUCCCUUCCUUUCUCCAUUAGACAUUCACGCAUUCUCCAUUCCUUCAAGCAAUAAUUGAAACCUCACAUCUUCAGCAAAGCAUAUCAAUUAAACUGUUAAUAACUUAGCCCCUGCACUGAUUCCUCUCCUGCAACUGCCAUAUAGUGAAUACUUCUAGCAACCUAGUUUUCUACCUUACCUUUUUUGUCACUAUACCCCACUCCCUCUAGCCCUUAACUCCUCUGUUCUUGCGCGUCAAACUAGUUUGGUUACAAUUGUGUUUGUUCGUCUACCUGUUGUACAGCGCUGCUGAAUUUGUUGGAGCUUUAUAAAUAAGGUAAAAGUGAUUACACUCCUAAAUGAGACUGCAGGAGCAUGAUCUAUAUAUACACCAAAACUGAUUCAUUGAGAGAGUUGUUUUGGUAACUAUAAAGAGCAAGGUGUCCAGGCACUCUGGCACCAUAAUACAGCAUGUAUUAAAGGGUGCUUGGGUCCUUUUUAAAUCUUUAUUGGUAAAUUAUUAAUUUGUUUGAAUGAAGAUUUAUCUGUGGCAUUUUCUAGAUUGAAAGGGACACUAUAGUCACCAGACCAACUACAGCUUAUUGUAUUUGUUCUGGUGAAUCAUUCCAUUCAGGCUUUUUGCAGUGAAUACUGUCUUUUCAGAGAAAAUGCAGUGUUUGUUACAGCCUUGGGAUACUUCCACUGGCUACACCUCAGAUGACUACUAGAGGUGCUUAAAGGACCACUAUAGUGCCAGGAAAACAUACUCGUUUUCCUGGCUCUAUAUGGUCCUUGGGUCCACCUCACCCUCAGGGGCCCCCUCCCGCCAGUCUCUAGGGUGAGGAAUGGGUUAAUACCUUACCUUUUUUCCCAGCGCCGGGCUUCCUCCUUUCCUGUAAUCGUUUGAAUGCGCAUGUGCGACACGAGUCGCGCGCACAUUUAGCCAGUCUCAUAGGAAAGCAUUCUCAAUGCUUUCCUAUGGAUGCUGGCAUCUUCUCACUGUGAAUAUCAGUGAGAAGCGUGGAAGCGCCUGUAGCGGCUGUCAAUGAGUUAGCCACUAGAGGCUGGAUUAACCCUAAUGUAAACAUAGCAGUUUCUCUGAAACUAUGUUUACAGCAGAAAGGAUUAAUCCUAGAUGGACCUGGCACCAGACCACUUCAUUAAGCUGAAGUGGUCUGGUGCCUAUAGUGGUCCUUUAACCUGCCAUUCAGUGUCUCCACCCUCUGCAUGGAGACACUGAACUUUCUUCAUAGAGAUGCAUUGAUUCAAUGUAUCUCUAUGAGGAGAUGCUGAUUGGCCAGGGCUGUGUUUGAAUCAUGCUGGCUCUGCUUCAUAUCUGCCUCCUUGACAAGCUCAGCCAAUGCAAUGCUUUCCUAUGUGAUUGGCUUUUGUCAAGACUUCUGAUGAUGUCAAGCAGGCAGAUCAGAGCCAGCAACAGCAAAUAAAAUUAUGAUUUUGCUAUAUUUAGGGGGUGUAAAGGGGGGCUAGAUGGUGGUUUAACAAUAUAGGGUCAGGAACAAAAACAUGUAUUCCUGACCCUAAAGUGUUCCUUUAAAGUUUAAAUAUAUCAGUUAGGUUUAGAGUCUUUUUAAUGGAUUAUUGAGAUAUUGUAAGUGUGGGAUUCACUAAUUUCAGGUUUCCUUUUCACCUGCAAAUGUGGUAUGUCUCCUGAGACCAGGAGGUUGCUGAGAAUUUUGAGCCAAUCCCUGAACCUUGUUCCUAGUGCAGUUUAAAGAGAAACUAUGGUGCAAAAAAAGCCCUAUUUGAUUUUAAAUGCCCUAUAAAAAUACAUAUACCUGUAUUCAGUUUAUCUUGAUGCACUUUUUUUUCUGUGGUCUUCAUGCAGCAGAUGAUAGAUAAUAAUAAAAAAAACUCGCCUUUUCAUGUUUUGUAGCUGUCCAGAUGAAUGACACUGUCUGCAAAAAAAGCACCUAUUAGGAGCCUCCUUCAUUAUUGUUGUUAGUAAAGUACAAACCUAUGCUGCAGCGCUGUAUAAUGCGUGAGCUAACAAACUAGUACAUUAAGUUGUAACAAGACAGGAAAAGACUUGCAAAUCUUUCUAAAUCUCCUCCCACACAUACCGUGCCAGGUGUCUUGUCUGUUGGACUCUGCUCAACUGAAAGGAGGAGAGUUCAACACAAAUUGUUCAGAGCAAACCAUAUGCAAUAUUUGCAUAGCUUUGCAGAGUGGGAUGGCCCUAAAACUGGAUUUGGGAAUCUCUGUGGCAGGUUAACUGAACAUUUGUGUGGAUUUGCAUAUGAUCACCUGUGCUUGGAGCUCAUGGAGGGAGAGUAUCCUAUACAAGUAGUACUUUGUUGGGAUCCUGCCUUUCAUUCUCAAAAGUUGUUUGACAAUUUAUAAUGGGGGAGGGUCCCGAGCACCUCUGGCUCCAUAACCUCUAUAGCAGGCGUGCCUUUCCAUUGUGUGGAGUAGGCCAGUAACAGUGCUUGGAGUGUGACUUUCAUCAUGUCUGUGUAUUAGUAGACUGUGCCUAGCCUACCUUUUAGCUAAAUGUAUUCUCUGGUUGUAAUUGCAUGAUCAGUAAAACUUGGACAAGAUCCCUUCCUCAGAGAUUAAAGGUUGUUUUGUGGUUUAGCAUUAGUCUCUAAUGGAUUGCAUUCACAGAGCUGGAGCUCCUCCUACAGGCUGCAAUUUUAGUUUUUCUAGAAUCUAGAAAGCGGUGUUAGAAAGUUAGGUGUCACAACAAUAAUUAUUUGUCGUUAAAAGAACACUAUUCCUUACGCUAUAGUGCCCUGUUGCCGUUUAGGUCACUGGCCCCCCACCAGCAAGGACAUAAUUGUGGCACAGUUCCAAAAUUGUCAAAUUUAUUUUAAGACAACUUACCUGGGAUUCUGGAAGAGUUCAGAAGCUCCUGCACUGAGCUAAGCCCAGUGUUUAUUAUUGGCCGAGAGUGAUCAGCUAAUGAACCCGGUAUGGCACUGUUUAGCUCAGUGAAGCGAACACAAGGGUGCUUGGGAUGUUCCUUUUUAAAGGUGAAAAAAUAAGUGUCAGAAGUUGUCGGCCUUGGUGUUCUUUUUCCCUAUGGGCCAACUGAUUUAAAUACAGUAUUUCAACUAGUUUUUGUGGCCUGAAACACAUAUUAAUAAAGAUAGGAGAAUGGAAAUUUUUAAAUGUGCAGCGAUCACCAUUAAAAUUGCUAUAUUCCAUUUUUAUGUUGUGCUGAUUACUCCAUUUUUAGAACCAUUUUUCUGUUGACAAUUGUUAAAGAGGUAGUUUUACUUAAAGGGACACUAUAUAGUCGCCAGAACAACUAUAGCUUAUUGUAGUUGUUCUGGUGAGCAGGCGUUUUCAUGCAAAGACUGCCCUUUCAGAGUGUUUACAUGUUUAAAACUAUUUGGGUCAGGAAUACACGUUUGUGCGCAAAAUACUGUACUGCGCAAAUAAGCCCCUGAACUUUACGCGUAUAUUUCAGAAGAAGCACUUUCAGCGACUGCCACUAGCGGCAUUUAAACCCUGCAAUAUAAACAUUGUUGUUCCUGCAGAAUGGUUAUGGUUUCACUUUCUUGGUUAAAGGACCACUAUAGGCACCCAGACUACUUCAGCUUAAUGAAGUGGUCUGGGUGCCAGGUACAUCUAGGAUUAACCCUGCCUGCUGUAAACAUAGCAGUUUCAGAGAAACUGCUAUGUUUACAAAUGGGUUAAUCCAGCCUCUAGUGGCUCGCUAGAGGCGCUUCUCACUGUGAGAAGACUCCAGCGUCCAUAGGAAAGCAUUGAGAAUGCUUUCCUAUGAGACUGGCUGAAUGCUCGUGCCGCACAUGCGCAUUCAGCCGAUGACAGGAAAGGAGGAAGCCAGAGGGAGCACGGCGCUGGAAAAAAGGUAAGGGAUUAAUCCCUUCCUCACCCUAGAGCCCGGCAGGAGGGGGCCCUGAGGGUGAGGGGGACCCAAGGACCCUAUAGAGUCAGGAAAACGAGUAUGUUUUCCUGGCACUAUAGUGGUCCUUUAAACCUACGGGGACAUUGAGAUUAGGUUGUGUGGGUGCCUACAGUGUUCUUUUUAAAGGAACACUAUAUAAUGUUACAAAUACAAACUUCCUGAUCCUACAGUGACCACCUAGCUGUUUAGGUGCUUGCAUCACUUUAAAGGGACACUAUGGUCACCAGAACAACUACAUCUUAUUGAAUUUGUGCUGGUGAGUAGAAUCAUUACCUUCAGGCCUUUUGCUGUAAACUGUUUUUUUUUUUUUCGGAGAAAAUGCAGUGUUUACAUUACAGUCUAGUGAUAACUUCACUGGCCACUCCUCAGAUGGCUGUUAGAGAUCCUUCCUGGGUCAUGGCUGCCUAAAAUGCAUCCAAACAUUCAGUAUCUCCUUCCUCUGCAUGCAGACACUGAACUUUCCUCAUAGAGAUUAAUUGAUUCAAUUCAUCUCUAUGAGGGGAUGCUGAUUGGCCAGGGCUGUGUUUGAAUCAUGCUGACUCUGCCCCUGAGCUGCCUCUUUGUCAGUCUCAGACAAUCCUGUGGGGAAGCACUGUGAUUGGAUCAGACUACCACUUCUGAUGAUGUCAGCAGACUGUUUGUUUUUCUGAGUUACAGCUUCUGGCUUGAGUACAGUAAGAUUUUGCUAUAUUUAUGGAAGCAUGAGGGACCCAGGGGGGCUAGAUGGUGAUUUUUAACACUAUAUGUUUGUGUUCCUGACCCUAUAGUGAUCCUUUAAGCACUAUAAUCUAUGCCUAUUACCUGUUUUGCUCCCCAUUUCUACUAGUUCCUAUGGUGAGCGGGAAGCUUCUAAACAGGAUCUUCCGCUGGCUCUCGUGAACAAACACUAAAACAGUUUGACUUCUUUCCUGGUGUACACAGGGCGCAGCUCUCCACCUCUCUUACUGAAGAUGGAGAACUAGAAGCAGGUGAUCAGGUGACUUUCUCAGCCAAUGAGUUAGCUCUGCAUUGCAUGGCUUUGCUCAGAAGAACUCCUGCUUAGGAGCUUCUAACUCUCCAUAGGAGGUAUCGGAGGUAGGGAGUCAAACUGUAGCCAUACUACCAAAUUCACUACAGCAAGCGUUAAUGCUUGGAGCAUUCAUUUACAUUUGAACUAAACACUGUUCUAUAUCACUGGGAUAAAUGCCAUUUCUUGAAAAGGUUAGGUCAAAAGAGAUAUAUAUAUAUAUAUAUAUAUAUAUAUAUAUAUAUAUAUAUAUAUAUAUAUAUAUAUAUAUAUAUAUAUAUAUAUAUAUAUAUAUAUAUAUCUCUAUCCCAGUAUAUAGUGACAUUGGCUUGCUUUUGGUGUACUUUAUUUAUUUUUAUUUUUUUCAUAAUAAAUGGAAAUUAUGUCGGAAUUGCCCCCCACCCCCUUUUUUUUUUAUAUGUAUAUGGGCGUGUCCAUUUUGUAUCUCUGUUCAUGUGUCUAAAGUACUUUUAUUUGUUUUUAGGAUACGCCCAUAAGGGGUGGGGUUAAUUUUGGAGUCUUUCUGCUGAGCUCUCAGGAGCAUGCCCCCUCCAGAGACUGUCUGUGCUUGCACUGAGAACCACUGAUCCCGUGACCUUCACUUUCUAUUCAUUUAGAUCUGCAGGGAGAAUCGAAACUGCCAUCUGUCUCAAUCAUAGGUAAAAAUAAGCUACCUGGAAAUCUCUCUUUUAUUCUGUUUUUACUUUUGCUGUUGUGCGCACGUUGAAAUGUUUUGCUGCAAUCUGGCUGACUAGAUCUUUGGGAUUUUUUAUAUAUAUAUUUUUUUUUUCUGUGAGGCAAGAAAUACCCACUUGUCUGUGGUAUAAUUUAUGGUUCGUGAUUCAUGUCUGAAGAGGUUUGAAAGUGCUUGUGAAAAUCAAUGUUCACCUUAGUGUAGUGACCAUUAUGGAUGAGGGCUUUCUCCAAAACCAUACAAAGCACAUUAUUGUAUAUAUGGCUACUUUCUUCUUUUUCCUCCCAUAGUUAAGAAAGGCAAAUGUAAAACUGAUAGAGUGAACAGUUUUUUUUGGAUAAUUUAACCGGUUUUCCGUGUGUAUGAAGUGCAUACAGUAAGAUGAUGUGUUCUGUGUUUGGCCUAUAUUCUCUUAUUAGACGUUGACGUCGGGUGAAUGGUGGGAUCCAGAUAUAGAGAGAGAUAGUAUUUGAAAUGUUUUGAGAGUGUAUUCGUUUUUGUCUGACGUGCACCGCCAGUAAACUGUGUGCUAGUUUCUGCCUUGGCUCUUGCACUUAUUUAAAGCUUGCUCUGUAAGGCCUGGCUACCGCUGCUCUUACAAAAAUGCAUAUUUAUUUUCAGAAUUGCAUCCGUGCAAUGGAGGACGAUACAAGUUCUCAGCCCUCUGAACCCCAGCUUGAGAACAUGGGGAGCACUUCUCCUGGUAUGCCUCUUCUGUAGAUUAGAGACUGUAAUACUGAUAUUAAGUAGGCCUGCAUCUCAAGGUGAAUGGCUUAGUAUUUAGCACUAUUUUGAGGGCGGAGCUCUGUAAAUCAUACAGUUGGGCUGAUUUUGCAUAGUCUUUAUCACAAGUUGAGGUUUCUCUCCAAUUCAAUGAAUUACACCUGAGGAGUCUUUUGCAGAUUAACAUGUAGUGCUAUUUACUUCGUCACUUGCCUGGGGGUGCAAGCUGUUCUUUUCAGGUUCCUUUUUAACAUAAAAAUAAAUUGUGACCAUUCAAUGUAUUAAUCAGAUCCUCUCCUUACAUUUGCUAAUUUUAAAAAUGUGCGCAUAUUGCCACUUCAUUACAAUAACUUGUUUUGGUACAUUUUGAAUUUACAUUGCAGCUGUUUAUAAGAGCAUUGAAUAAACUAUAAAUCAGUUGACCGUAUUCUAAAUUAUUUAAGUCCAUAUACCCUGUCUCCUAUUUUAAACUGAAUUCUUCAGGAGAGUGCUCCAGGUUAUUAAUUUGCAUAUGUAUUUUCCAAUUUGUUUAACGAUACAAAGCCUGCUGGUAUUCUAACCUAGUUGAAUAGUCAUGUCUUGCCUAAUGAGACCCCCUGUUGCUGGUUUCACAUGCUGCAGGGUCUGACAUUCAGUGUACCUGACAUAAAAUGUUUUCUCCAACCAUUCCUUUUUAAACUUGUGAAUAACACCUUAAAGACAUUAUUUGUCACUCCCACCCCCCCUCUUCCUCCUCAUAAAGAUGUCUUUAAUUGAACCAUUUAACCAGCUCAGAGCAUGCGCAUGCUGAGGGAAACAUGGGAUAUCGUAUGGGAGGGCUACAGUUAAUGCGGGUGGUAGGGAAGAGCUACCAUAUCCUUGCAGGCAGAGCAGAGUCUUUUUUUUUUUUUUUUUUUUAAUGCACUGAAUUUACAUUGGCAGCCCAUAACGUGUGCUGGGGGUGCAACUAUCUCCCAGCACACAGAAGCAGAAACACUGCACAUCCAGACUCCUUCUGCCAUGACCACUUCAAAUCACUGAAGUGGUCAUGGUGGUUGAAGUAACCCUUUUAAUGCAUAACUGCUGUUUUCAUAGUUGCAUAGAGUACGCUUUCAUUUAAAAGUUGAUUUUGUGCAUCCUAUCUACUGCCGCCUGCUGUGGUGGUUAUGAUGCCAGGAGUGCCCUGCCACUGUUACCGUAAUGAGGCAAACCAUAUUUUGCUAUGGCUUCUCUUAAUUAGGUCCACUCUGCGCCAAGCCUCCUCUGAUGCUGGUAAACUGGCUUCUGGCAUUCGAUCAUUGACUGAGAGCAUCAACUGUUUACUCUCAGCCAAUAUGAUAGAAACCUUUAAAUACAUUUAGGAAAUCAACACCGUAAAGGAUGAGACUAUAUAUUUAAAAGAAGAAAAACUACCACAAAAAGAGAAGUCUUAAAUUAGAGGGGCAAAGGUUUAAAAAUAAUUCCAGGAAGUAUUACUUUACAGAGAAAGUAGUGGAUGCAUGCAAUAGCCUUCCAGCUGAAGUGGUAGAGGUUAACACAGUGAGGGAGUUUAAGCAUGUGUGGGAUAGGCAUAAGGCUGUCCUAAACUUAAGAUAAGGCCACGGACUAAUUAAAAGUAUUUCGAAAAUUGGGCAGACUAAAUGGGCUGAAUGGUUCUUAUCUGCCGUCACUUUCUAUGAAUGGCCCUCCAUGCACAGAAUGCAAUUGGCCAGUCAUAUCUCUUGUUUAGCGCUGGCUAAUGACUGAGUUACACCUCUGGUAUUAAUAUAAAAUAAAUUGGUACUGCAUUUCAUACAGAAUCCUUCAGAAACACUGAAAUGAUCUUCAUGCUUUCAUGUAAUGUUAGUGUGAAAUACUCCUAUCCAUCACUGCGGCAACAUAGUUUCUGUUAAUAGGCUUGGUUAGUAGAUUGUGGUAUGUUUGUGCAGUAAACUCAUCCCUAGUUCAGUGGGAGUUACUGAAACCAGAAACAGGCAUGUGAUGUAGCUAUGUAAUAACUUUGGCAGUUAAAGGCUACCUCUGUGCAGCUUAACAACAUCAUCAGAAUGAAAUUGUUGCCUGGAGGUCCCUGGAGUAGGCUUACCUUCUAGUGUUUAAACUUUUCACGAACAGUUUAAAACCAUAGUUUUCUCUCCGUUGCAGUUUAGUAUUGUCCCUGUCCUAAUGCUGCGCUCAGAUUCUUAAAAAUGGGAAGCCUCGGACUGCCAUUGACAUGGGUGCUCCUGACUGGCUGAGAGUGGCUUAAAAAAUGUACUUAGUUUUCUAAAGCUUGUGGGGAGAUACUUUAUUGGCUUAGAGCAUCGGCUGAUACUCUCAACUAAUCAGUGGCGCCCCGGUCUAUGGCAAUCUGUGGCUUCCCGUAUGAAGAAUCUGAGAGGAUCGCAAGAACUGAGGCAGAACUAAAAUGCGCUACAGCGAAGACUUUGAGGUUAAAUCUUGGUGUUCUUUUAAGCUUGCAUUCUCAGGGCACUAUAGUGCCAGGAAAACGAGUAUGUUUUCCUGGCACUAUAGUGGUCCUUUAAGUAAAAUUCCGAUAGGAAAGCAUUGAAACAAUGCUUUCCAAUGGGGAGGGUCUAAUAAGUUUACGGUCGGAUGAUGUCUGAGAAUGCGGAGUGCCGACCCAGACUUGGGGGAAAUCAGCGCUGAAAACGGGUGAGUACGGUUUUUAACCCUUUCCAUGCUGUGGGGGGGUGCAGAUGGAAUUAUAGUGUAAUUAUAUUUGUAUCCAUUUAAGAGAGAUGCUGAGACAAAGUAGAUACUACUUUGUCUCUGUAUAUUCCCUACGCCUGAAACUUUGAAUCACAAGGCGGAGCUUCCGCAACCUGGAAGUGUCAAUCCCCCUAUCAGUCACCAGUAACAACUGCAGGGAAUUGGCUCUGUCUAUGGAAAGUGCAAUUUCUUUUAUUUAUGUGUGUGUGUGUGUAUAUGUAGAUAUAUGUAUGUGUCCUCAUUAAGGUCUACUCUGUUAAAACAUGAAACUUGCCUUUCUCCUAUUGUUUUCUCUUCCUUUUUCAGAAUCUGUUCUUUUCUUCAUUUGUGACCUAUGUCUCUUUAACACAUUAGGCAGGACAACCUUGUCUUAUCUAUUUUCCUUGAAAAUAUUGACAACAGUGAAGCUAAAGGACAACUGUCACCUCAAGACUAUAUUUUAAAUAAGGUAUAUGUAAAAAAAUAAAAUCAUCCCAGAAUUUAUGACCGGAUCCUUCAGCCAUAUGCAUGCACCUUGGGUCAGGCAGUCUUUGAAUGUGGCAGGUAUUGGGUCUGAUGGCACUGCAUUGUGCAGGGAGUGAAGUUGGGAAGACCAUAGAGACUAACCAUAGAGAUUACUUACAGGUAUUCAUACACUCUUACCCAUAGUGCAUGCAAAAGGCGAAAUAAUUCUGUUAUAUACUAAAGGUAGGAAAGAGCUUCAAAUUAAAAAAAAAAAAUAAAAAAAUAAAAAUAUAUAUAUAUAUAUUAAGUUCUCCUUUAAAGCAAGCUGCUUUUGUUAAUUGAGAAAGGAAGUGAAGCUUGCAUUCAGCUCCACUCUUGGAUGAGAUUGCCAAGUGUAGGAAAAAUAAAUGACAAAGAAGUCCUGUUUUAGUUUCUACCUUGCCUUAUGUUUUAAAGAGAGGUCAGAAAUGAAGAACAGGUUCUGGAAGAGAAAAGGAUAACAUAGGAAAAGGGUAAGUUUGAGAUGACAGACUUUUCUUUUUUUAAUUCUUUAUUUUUAUUGUGCGUAAGAUGACAAUCUAGUACAGCCACGACCGCUCAUACAAGCAUAUAGUAACAGAUAUCGUAAGUCAACAACAUGGCUUUUAGUAAAAUGGCACUUUUUUUGUGAACAUUAUUCAGGCUAUUCUAUCACGUCUAACUAUGAAGGUAGAGGACGUUAGGACAUCAGUCAGCAUGUUAUAUAUAACUAGAUAUGCAAUUUAAAGGACCACUAUAGUGCCAGGAAAACAAACUUUUUCCUGGCACUAUAGUAUUAAUAGGUCCCCCCACACUCUUGGCCCCCCUCCCGCCAGGCCUUUGGACGUCAUCGGCUGAAAAAGCCGCACGCGCAUUCAGUCAGUCCAUAGGAAAACCUUCUCAACAGUGAGAAGCGCCUCUAGCGGCUGUCAAUGAGACAGCCACUAGAGGCUGGAUUAACCCAUAUGUAAACAUUGAGCUGAAGUGGUCUGGGUGCCUAUAGUGGUCCUUUAAGUUUAGCUGGAUGAUUUGUAAAAUCAGACAUUAAUUUGUGAAGUGUGAGAUCUACUUAACACGCUUGUAAACUAAACUAGCUUAAAAUGUAUUGCCCCACUGUAUUUUGAAGUUUAACUAUUUCAGAUGCUCAAUUAGGGCACAAAACCAGAGCUACUAUAAACCACUUGUGGCGUAUAAAGAGGCACCUGGUGUUAAAUUAUCACAUUGGCCUUCUGCCCAUGAGACUACACAUGCGAAAAACAAAUUGCAUAUGGAAAAAUAAAACCGAGCAAGCACAGCUGUGGGGAAUCUGCGGUCUUGUCAAACCACCUGUCAGCCGAUGCCCUUUGAUGGGAGGUGACCGACCCAGGGGUUUGAGAUUUCGAGCUGUAUAUGGGCACCCUGCCGGUUCCAAGUGCUGGGAUGAUCCUGUGUGACUCUCUGGUUCCAGCAGUGAUCCACAACGAGUGCUUGGCUUCGUGUCCACCUCUAUGCAUGCAGGAAUCUUCCAGCAUCGCAGGUUGUGCUUGUGGUAACUUCUGCUCAUCUCCCAGCUUCGGCGGUUUUGCUCCAGCCACGGCAGUCGCAUGGGCUUCCUUCUUUGUGCGGUUCGUAGGCCAGGUAAGUGGCUGCUUAGUCGGGAGCCGUUCCUCUGACAGCGAGGCAAUCGCUUUGGUGUCUUACCCAGCCGCCUCUUCUGUAAUGCAAUUGUAGUGUUGCAAACUGCAGGCUUGACUUGGUGCACCGGAGUGCCCGGUUGCUGAGCCUCAGCCAAAAUUGUACACAGAUGUAAAGCACCCGAACAUUCAGGAUCAGGUGGGUACUUGUUUGAGCAGCCUCUGGAGGUAGAAUCUCAACAUAAAUUGUGGUAUUCAAGAGUCUUGUGAGGAGCUCUCACUGUGUGUCUAUUCACCAUGAUGGCAAGGCCCCGUCCCGAGGUGACACAUGUUUAAGAGCCAAUAGCCCUUUUUUUUUUUUUUUAUGUAGAUGUCAAAUUUAUUGUUUACAGGUGUAGUAGUGCAGGACCCAAAAGGUUUCCAUGGCAACAUACACAAUGCAUAUGUAAAAAAAAUAGUGAUUGGAGUGCAACAGCACUACAGUACUGAUCACAGAGGUGGAUGGAGCUGCACACCUGAGGGGAAGGGCAACCCUCAAACCCUUCAAAAAAUCUGGGAGAACAGGAAACAACAAAAAUAUAGGGUGCGCUAAUGAGAAAUAAUAUUAACAAAUGAGAGAUAUUUACAAAGAGAGUCUCUGAAAAUACAAGGUGGGCCUUGGGUAGGUCGUCUUAAGUUCUUGAUAAGGUCCUCAGUGAUUAAUAUGAAAAACAAAAGUAAACACAAAGAAAAACCAAUAGUGCAAAACCGUUAGGAGAUGGUGUCAUGGAUAACACAGAAAUAGAAAAAUGCCAACUCACAAUCGAUAGAGCUAUGCCCAGCUCUAGGUAAAACAGCAUACAGUGGUAUUUGAAACUCCCUACAUGUAGGAUAUAGCUGGACAAUAGGUGAUUCUUCGAUACUUUGUACAACGUCUCAAAUACGCGCCAGCAUAUAAAAUACAUAAGAAUGAAGAAAAAAACCAAUGGUGCAAUAACGUAUGACACCUGCAGCUACAGACAAACACUUAAGUCCUAAGAGUGCCAACUUACAAUAAAAAGAGCUAUCACCAGCACUAAGUAAAACAGCAUACAGUGGUAUUUAAACUCCCCACAUGUAGGAUGUCCUUCUGGUGAUGUAUGAAGUGCAGGAUUUAUGAAAGACAAAAGCACAAAAGAGAGCCCAUAGUGUUCUCAGUAUAUAAAAUUGGUUCUAAAAGGUAAAAUCAAACAUACUUACAAUAUAUAGAGCUGCCACACUGCUCUAUGAACCAGGCGUGAGUGGAAUAAUCCCCACCUAAGGAUUUCUUUUGUAGUACUGGAUCUUUUAAAACAGUAAAAAAUCAACCAGGAUAAAAGUAGAAUGACUGACCAUAGAAAUAUAGGUAGUCUAAAAAGUACUUUUAUUAUAACAAGAUCAUAAAAAAACACAACGCGUUUUGCCCAAAAUAGGCUUUUUCAAGUGUAGCCAAUUGAAACUGCUCUUCAUUCUAGUUUCCAGGCAGACAUUCCUUCAGGCUAUGCCCUCAGCAUUUCAGCCAAUAACAACCUAGUAUGCAAUGCAUGUGGGCAACUGCAAUUAUAACCCUGUGGAGAUGUGGUGCGGGCAUUGAUGCCUUCAGGACUGUGUGUGUGUAGGCACCCAUAGAAAUUGUGCAUGGGAGCAGGAUUUUUAGAAACAGUGUGUGUCCAUACAUAUUGUGAGUUAUCGGUUCCAGGCCUUUGCCAAGUAUCUUGAGUGAUGUUUCAUUGAAUGUAGUAUGAACAUAAAACUGCAAGUUCUGAGAAGGAGUGUUUGUUGUCACUAACAAUAAAGACUGUAAAUCCCUUUGUAUUCUUAGCAUGUGUAUGUUUCCUUGUCCAUAUUGAUAUUAAUGGAACUUGUCAUGGGCAAAACUACUUUAGCUCUUUUAAAAGAGCUUCAAAUUCCCUCUAUACAUCAUGCUAGCAGUUUGUGCACUGGGCUAGCAGUUUAAAAAUAAGGCUUUUCCCCCAUAUACCUCUUAGUUUCCUGGCAGACACUCAGUUCUGUGGAACGGAGUCUGGCAGAGCAGCAGGGACCUGCCACCUUAGUCACUCUGCUUUUCACCAAAGCACUAGCUAAAGAAUAUAGGAAGGGAUUGACAAGAAGUGCCCCUACACAGGACAAAUUAAAGAAAGAGCAAUGAAAUGGGGGAGCUGGGCGCGGUUGUUACAGAAGUGCAACACCCACCUCUGUAAGGAGAUUGUGGCGGGGGAGCGGGCAGUCAGGUAAGUAGUGAUGAUUUCCCUUUAAUAAAAAUUAAGAUGUUCCUGUGAAGAAUGUGGGGCCUGGGAGGGUGUAUGGUUAGUUCAUACUAAAUUGUAGCAGAUGUUGAUUUAAGAAAGAUGGUAGCCUAUUCAGACGUGCGGACCAAAGUUCAUUCCUGGUUCCUUUUUAUAUAGUGGCCCUUUCAUAUGAUGUCACAGAAAAACCUUUUUAAGUUUGAGAAAUUAUCCCUAACCAGCUGUCAUUGAGUGCCUCCACACCCAGACACAUGGAUUGUCUGUACGCCUCACAUGCUUGCAAAUCUAACCAUGUAGCAGAGCAGGUCAAAGAUUUAUAAAAUCCGUUUGUUUCUUUAAAUCUACUAAAAGAAGGUGGAACUAGAAAAUAAAAAAAAUAAACCAACCUCAUUAAAAGUCAUUUUUUUUUUUUUUUAAUCUUACAGUUGCAAACGAUAGAUUCAGUCUUAAAACAAAUCUAUCCUUACCAGAAUUUCAUCCGUUUCCAACACAACUCUACUCACAUCUUUUUUUCUUUUGCUCAGAGCAUGUUUUCCAGCAUGCAUCUGGCCACUUUCUGAUUGGCUCAUUAUUUUGUAGUGUUUCAUUUAAGGUGUGUUUGGGAGACAAGAUUUUGGUUAUUCACAUAACGGAUGUUGAUAUACUAAUGGUAAUGUUGCAAUUUCAUUGUUCUAAUGUUUCUUUGUAUUAAAUGUACGGUACUUUUAUUCGCUGUUACUGUAAACUGAUCUUGCAUUCUGAUAGUUUAAAGCUAGUUCUAAUGUCUGUAGAACAUAUUAUAACACAUUUGAUAUAAGUGUGUUCAUUUCCUUUUUAUUUGUUCUAAAUUAACAUAUGGAAAAGAUGAGUCGUUACUGGUGUUAAUGCGAAAUGCACUAAUUCAGUUUUCCCUCUUCCAAAUAUCAGUGUCUAUUUGGGAUGAUCAGAGCGGGGAAGAAACCCUGAGAACACUUAAACCUACAAGCAAGGAAUUCAGAAAAACGUGGGGGUUCCGCAAGACAACUAUUGCUAAACGCGAAGGAGCCUUUGACACAGAUAUGGAGUCUGAGUCUUCUCAACAAGCUGGUCCUUCCCUUAGACGUAGUGGCCGUCAGCCAAAACGCACAGAGCGCGUAGAAGAGUUUCUUACUGCAGUUAGGAGGAACAGAGGGCGUAAAAGUACUACCUUAGAAGAUUCGAGUGAUAGGUCAUGUCCGGUUACUGAUGCAGAGACUGCUUCAGAGGGUAGUGUGGAGAGUACACCGGAUACCAAGACUGAUGGUCAAAGGGCAGACACAAGCAUAAAACGUGAAGUAAUUGUUAAAACUGAACCGAAGUGUGAAGAGGAUGACAGUUCAGACAGUGAUGGUAUGACUCUGAAAGAACUGCAGAAUAGACUGAGGAGCCGACACUCUGAUAAACCAGCUAGUGACAGAGUUCAGGAUCAGUCUGUGACUACUCCCAAAAAUGAAUCUCUGGCUCUGACAGAAAGUUCUGUGCGCACCCGAAGUGCUAAUCGUGCAGCUCAGUUACAGCACCAAACCUUACCCAUAAAGCAGGAAGCACAAAGUCCUCAACCAGCAGAAGAGCGAAAGUUUGACAAUAUUGGGCAGAGUCCCAGAAGCCGUCCCGAACGCGAAAUCUAUGAUCCAAAUACUCUUUAUUGUAUCUGCCGCCAACCCCAUAAUAACAGGUACGUGUUACAAAGUUUAAAAUACAUAUUGUGAAAUGCCUCCUAUAACAGCUACCAGUUUUUAAAUAAAAUAUUUUUAGUUGCAAUCCUGUCCCUCAAUAAAUUAAUAUUUUCCGUUUUAAUAUAUGGUGCGCCGAGUUGUUGUUUUUCUUUUUCCAUUCAAAAUUUCCAUUUUGUUUUAAUGAUUUCCUUUGAAAUUUUGCAGUGGGUUGCUAUAUUUUUUUUUUUUCUUAUUAUUAUUUUCUUUUCUUUUUUUUUUUUUCUUUUUUUUUUUUUUUUUUUUUUUUUUUUUUUUUUUUUUUUUUUUUUUUUUUUUUUUUUUAGGCGAAUUCCUAUCAAAUUUGUUCCCCUUAACGGUGUGCCCUUUUUUUCUGGGUAACAUUUUGUCAGACUGAAAACUGCUUACCAAUAAAAGUAUUCAGUUGCACAUCAGCCUAGUGAAUUUACUGUGGAUCUUAUUUAUCUUAUUACUCUUGACCUGCUUUGUCCUAGGUUUAUGAUUUGCUGUGACAGAUGUGAAGAAUGGUUUCACGGAGAUUGCGUUGGAAUUUCUGAAGCUCGCGGUCGAUUAUUGGAAAGAAACACAGAGGAUUACAUUUGUCCGAACUGCAUGAUGUUGCAGGUAAAGGAUGAAGCUGACAGUGAACAGAAAGAUCAGCCUCUGGGAGAGAGUAGCUCGUGUGCUCAGCAGACAAGCACUGAAGUCAUUGAAAAGUCUUUAGAUGAUCAAGGCAUAAAGGGCAGGAUUGAGAAAGCUGCACAUCCUAGUGGGAAGAAGAAACUCAAAAUAUUUCAUCCUGUGAGUCCCGUGAGUACCCUGGUUUACUGGAUUUAUUGUAUCUAUUACUGAAAAUAAUUUAUACUCCUUGACAAGAACAUACAUUUUUCAGCAUGUUUUGCUUUUGUCUAAUGAAGAGUGGAUAUUUGAAAAUUUCAGCGGUGUACUGGUGCAAAGGCUGAAACGUUAGAAGCCUCCCAAUUCCUUGAUGUUUAGAGAUAGAAGUAAUAUAUUUAAUUGUGAUAUUCUUAAUUUUACUUAUUUAAAAGUCUCUGUAAGUAGUAUGAAUACUAGAGUUUAUUGUAUUGGUCUUUUUAGUUUCUGCCUCCUUAAUUGGAUUGAACUAUUUUAAAGCAGUUUAAUAAAUACUCUGCUCUCUGCUCACAUGGCUAGUCCCUUUGCUCCAGUAAUGCAUAAGUGAACGUUGACGUUCUCACAAUCCAUGUAGGGCAGCAGUACAGUGCUCACAACUCUUUGCUGCAUAGCCACUACAAUGAACUGAAGCAGUUUUGGUGCUGGUUGUCUGCUUUGAUUGGAGUAUGUCUUGACUUGAAAUGUGUGCAGGUUUUGAUUGGCACAUUCUUCACCAAACUGUCAACAACUUUUGUUGUAUUAAGCUUUAUAGAAGGUGUCCAUAAGUAUGAUUUUCCAUUCUGCUUUAUUGAUGGAGGCGUCCACGGUUGCAUUGUGUCAUGUUACUUUCAUGGGGGCUAUUCAUGAGCUUGUACUAUACUGUUAUAAAUUUGGUGGCAGCAAGCUUUACUAACAAGGACUGUCCAUCAGUUUGCUUGCUUCGAGCUUUAUUAAUGAGUACUGUCCAUCUGUUUGGUUGUGGGAGGCUUUUUGGUUAUGACUGUUGGUAAAUUCGGAAAGUGAAGUUGGAGAGUGUUCUUGGGAGUAUUUUAAUAAUUUUGCGAUUAGCAUGUUCAUCUGGAGUCUUGUUUGACUAGUGAGGGGGCUUGAUAGAAAAUGGGUAAUUGAGCGUUUGGAGACUGACCUUUUGCGAGUGAUGCUGAACUUGGUUGGAAGGUGUUCUGGCUGAUGGUAAGCCUGAUUGUAUCUGGCUUUCAUUGGUGAUGUUGACCUUUCUUUGUUUAGCUAUCGAUGAAUGAAUGAUGUUGGUAAGCUAAUAUGGGCCAGGCUUUGACAACUGAUGUUGGUGAACUUCAUUUGUACUGGCCUUUAUGAGUGGAUAAUUUAUGUUGAGUUGGGCAUUGACAAGUGAUGGUUUAUUGAAUGUGGCUUCUGCUGUUGUUGAGCCUGAUUGGGUUGGAUUUUGUGGAAUGGUACUGAUGAGCCUUUUUGAGAUGGAGCUUUGACAAGGAAUUGGAUGUUGGUGAACUUGAGAAGGUUUAGUCUUUGAGAAGGAAGUUUGGCGUGUUUGGUUGGCUCAGGCGUUGCUCAGUUUAAGUGAGUCUGGUUGAGCUGUAACAAGUUUAAUUUGAGGAUUUGCUUUGUUGUGUAGGUGGUGGAGCCCGCAGCUCUUGAAGAGUCUUCCACUGUAUCAGAGUCUCCUGAAAUGGCUAAAUGCAUUGGCCCAGGCUGUUCAAACAUUGCCCUUCCAGAUUCUGUUUAUUGCAGUCAUGACUGCAUCCUGAAACAUGCAGCAGCCGCCAUGAAAUCCCUUUCUGCAGCCAAAGAAACCAAACCGAAAGAAAAGGCGAAGGUAAAAUCUGAGAAGAAAUCUCCACCCAAACCCCAGGUAAGCGUACUAUCUAAGUGUGGUCUGCGUGGGCAUUUUUCUUUCUUUUUUUUUUUUUUUUUAUCAUGCCACUCUGGGUGACUAUAGGUAUAGCUCUGGUCUAACUCUAGUAGAUACAUAUAGAAUGAUCUGUCAGAAACGUCAUCUCUUUAAAGGGACACUAUAGGCACCCAGACUUCUGUCCCCCUUAGACCUGCAAUGUAAAUCAUUGCAGUUUUAGAGUAACUGCGAUAAUUACAUUGCAGGAAAAGAAUGCCUCUAGUGGUUUUCAUGCAGACAGCCACUAGAGGCACUUCCUGGUGGUUAAGCAACUUUUGGUUGCCUAUCUGAAGCUGGAUGCCCUCUCACUCUGAAUAAAGACAUCUAGCAUCCGUUAAAUCACCACAGUAAAGCAUUGAGCGUUGCAAGUGCAUUAGGGCCCCCCGCUGGGCGCUGAAAUCGGGUAAGUGUUAAAAGGUUUUUUUUUUUAACCAUUGCUAUGUGGUGGGGGGCACAGAGGGAACUAUAGUGUAAUGAAUGCAACUUUGUUCCCAUUGCUUUCAGUGGGAUAACAUUUAUCUAUAAAAUAGCAAGGGUUGGUGAUUUGUCCUGACAAAAGCCUUAUGCUCGGUAAUAUAAUAUAAACGCAAAAUAAACAAUUGCUUUGAUGUUAAACCAUAUUUAAGAGUAGUUCAUUUUAACCCAAUUCAGUGACCUUUAACUUUCAGAAAACACAUUGCGGCUGUUUAAAAGCUUUGUGUGUGUGUGUCCUUUUUAAACAGAAACACACUUGUCAAAAUUUUCAAUAUCUUAUGUAAUUAUCUCUAUAUGAAACUAUGUAUCUGUCAGGUGUAAAGAAUAAAUUAUAUGUAGAAAUCCACACCUCUUUAACCUGCAUUCCGCAUAGAGCGAGCAUACAGACGAGGAGAAAUUAGUGUUUCUACAUCUGCUCUUCAUUUGCAAUAUUUGCCCUGGCUGUGCCAGGACUGACCUGGAUUAUGUUAUUUGUAAAAGCUUUACUAUAAAUUGAAUAGAAAACACAGCAUCUCACAUAAAAACAGUAAACACGAGUUCUAGGUGAUUGUCAGUGUUUAUUUAAAGGUGUAAAUUCCUGAAAAUGUACAGUUUCUUUUGAAUGCCUUCACUCAUAAACUAAUGAUGGAUUAUUCUGCAGUUUUUAUAGAUUUUAAAGAUUUCUUGGCCUGUCGCACUCAUAUUUUCACAAAACCUGUACUAAUUACUCAUUAUAUUACUUAUUAUGAGCUUUGGUACGGGUGAACCUUUUAUCGGGGAUUUGAAACCACUCAAAUAUACUGAUAUAGACUUUAGGUAUCUGUUCUGCUUGAAUGGAUUGCAGUUUUAAUUCUAAAACAGAAGUAGUCCUUUCUCGAACAGCAUCCAACCUGCCAGAGCUGUUUUUAUUUUCUUUGGUUCCACUAAUUAGCCUUUCCAUUUUUACUCUUCAUGUGGCACUGAGACACUGCUAACUUAUCUACUAUCUGCUACAGGUGACUGUGAAACCAGCAGCCCUAUCGACUGCCCUUCAUCCCGAAAAGCCAGAAGCACUGAUGAAAAAAGUUCUAAUAAUGAUCCCAAGAAUGGAGACCAAUGUCCAAAGUGAGCAUCCAGCGGAGUGCAGCAGCGCCCCCUCCUGGGAGAGCGACCAUAAUUACAUUGCAGUAAAGCCAGAAAAGACUGCAGCCAUUUCAUCCACACUAUUUUACAAAUGUAUGUAUCACCGAAGGAUCUCUCCCCAUAACAAAAUACCCGUUUCAGUCACCCACAGAUCUUUCUUUCACAUGUCUUCCAUGCACCACUCGCCAGACAGCAUAGGGGUUUUUCUUUUAUUGUUAUUAACCAGAAACCCUUUUGUCCCUUAAAAUGUUAUCUACAUUUAAGAAGGAUGGGUAUAUUUUUGGGAAGUGGUUGUUUCCUGGUGUAGUGAUUUUAAACAGCAUUUUAAGCUUUGAAGGGUAAGUAUUGAGCACCAAUAGGUUGGGUUCAUUUAUUCACAUUUUUAUACUUUUAUUCUGAAGGAUGAGCUCACUAGUGUUGACAAUUCUUUCUUAUAAACUGUGAGGUAGCUCAAGAGUUAAACCCUCAGUGUCAGUCAAAUCUUUCAUUCCCAUUAAUUUGGGCUCAAUCUUUUAUCUUUUUAAGAUCAAAGAAAAUCUAUUGUAUAAUAAAUAUAGACUCCAGAACCUAAACAUCAAAUUAUACUCUGAUUUAAGAUACAGAAUAUGAUGGGCCUACCCGGAAGGGCUGCAUGUAAAGUCACCCCAGUACUGUCCAAAAAGCCUUUUGUGGAGUUUAGCUGUCAGACAUGUACUGAAAUGUAGCUAGAACAUAGUUUACUCUGCUUGCAUUGUAGUCACCCAGUUUCUUUUCCCUUUAAUACUUUUAUUAGUAAGACUUGUAGAGCGAUUGAAUGGACCAGCAAUGUGCUUCUUUCAAUGUUUCUCUAAGGCUUCUCAAUCUUCUGAGCAGGGACCUGGCAACCAUGAACACACUGGUACAUAAUUCAACCAAAUGAGUCCAUAGCAGAACAUUUGUGAAGCCAAGAGAAGGAUGCUUUAUGCUUCAGUAGACAUCCCUUACACUUCCAGAUUGCUCUGCAUGGAAAAAUUUGAAUUACUCCCACACUUGGCUGCGAUGAAGGAAUUCUUAACUAUAGAGGGGUUUAAUCUGACAAAUAUAGUCAUGUGUUUGAACCUUAAAGGGUUUGGGAAAUUACAUAGUUGUUCAUUUUGCAAGUUAAUGUGAAUUGCAUGAAGAUCUUUCCUUUUUAUCCAGCGAGGAGUCUACUGCAGGUAAGUGAUCAUCCUAUACAUAUUGUACUGUUUCACCACAAAUUAUUAAAAGAAAAAAAAAAUUGAAUCUCACUUUCUCGUGAAACUCUGUUUUGAACGAUCACGGAUGCUAAAUCUUCCAAUUGUUUUCAUGUUCAGAUUGUGCUCAACUUAUCUCCAUGAUGAAGGGCCAGAGGUUCUCUUCAAGGGCAGUCCCUUGGUCACAAUUUGGAACCCAGCCCCCUGCUUUGCUAUUCAUUCUUGCACCGCCCUGUUUAUCUACUUUGUGCUCCCUGUUAGGGUACACCAGCUGAAGAAGACUCAAGUUUGACUUUGUGACCUAUAUUAAUGGUAAAUGGGCAGUAAGAGAAGAUAGAAACAUGUAUGUGAUGGUUUAUCAGGAGCUGUGGUAUUUUCUAAAUUCAAGCCAUGUCUCCUCUUACUAUCCGUCUCACAAUCACAGAAUGAAACUAGGGAAUUUGGGCAGGCUAAGCAACAAGCGGCACUCCAACAGCUGUAGACUGACUAAUACUGAGCUUGGUUUAUCCUGUACCUUCAUGGGUGCACCAGUUGUAGUCCACAGAAAACAACUGUCGGGGUGCUUAUCUCCACUCUAGUUAAUGAUAGACAUACUUGUGACUAAGCUUGAUUAAUUCACAACUGGGCUGUUUAACACAAGGGGUUUCCUAGUGGAAGACUGGAAGCAGUAAUUUACUUAAGUCUAAAAUGGUUGGGGAGAAUAUACAAACAUUUUGGGAGUUGACCGUAGUUGGGUGUGUACUGAGGUUUCAGGGUUGUGGGUGGUUGAAGGCCUUGUUUUAGGAUUUGAGAUGGUUAAAGAACUAUUUGUGAGGUGGUGGGUAUGGUUGUAUUACAGAAGGACCAUGCUUCUGGAAGGGGUGGUAAAAGACUUUGUUUGGCUGGGAUUUGGGAGCUGUUGUGCAAAAAGGGGGAAAAAAAGACACACUUGUUCUGCUAGUACAAUUACACGUAACAUAAAUGCAGUAGCUAUUACAGACUGUUUGUUUCUUUUAGGAUUUCACAUAACAGGUGUCCUCUGUUUUUAUUUGGGAGUAAACCAGAAUACCUGUACUGAACCAAGGUGACUGCUCAAACAAGUUUGGGAAAUCCUCUAUUUGGUUAUGAGUUGAGCAGUUAACCAAGUUGGGUUAAUGAUUAUCUUGGCAGGAGACUCCUGGGUCUUUCAAGCCAGGUAUGAUCCAAGGUACAGGGGUGUUGCAACAACUAAACUUAACCACAUUUCAUAAUUUGGGUUAAAUGGCCUAAAGCAGAAUGCUUCACGGCUGCAGUCCCAGUCUACUGCUUUUAGUCUGUAAAUGUUUGUUUGUAUUUUAAUAUCCACUUAUGGCCAACCGUGCAGGUUGAACCUGUAAAUUGGGGUGAUUCGAGGGUUGGACAUAUUGCAUAGUCCUGUCAUCUGAAGGCAUAGUAUGCAGGAUGCGGAAGAAACCACCUAGGAUGCUAACCCUCCUGCUACUUUAAGGUCCAUCUUCCUAGCCUUGAUGACUAUCAGCCUGAAGGAUAACUGCAUCAUGUCACCUGAUGAAGUCUCAAGUCUUUACCAUGUGGCUGCACGUCUCAUCACAUCUCAAGUCGUCAUUGCAGAAUCUGAACCUCACUAAAAGGGGGUUUUCUUUUCCCUCCUUGCUCUGUAAUGACAGCUUCAGACUGAAGACAUUGGAAGUAAAGGUUUGUCCUACAUCUGUAUAUGACCGUCUGCAUUAGAGAGGUGGUACAUGUCUUGCCAAGGUUAGAGGUCUCAACACGUUUAACACUUCAUCUUCUUGUAAUUGUGCCCAAACUCAGCCUAGUAACUGUCUUAGUAAUCCCUUCAGCCACCAUGAUUUUAGGGGGUAGGCCACGAAUAAGCCCAUUUUGCCUUAAAAUUUCCCAGACCCUAUUCUCAGGUGUGCGUAUUCCCAUUCUAAAUUUUGGUUUGAAAUAGAACUUUGUGAAAAGUGUUGCGGUUAUGACCCAGAGACUGCUUACCUGGGUAUUUCCUUAACUGGAAAGUCACUUGGAAACUGCAUGUUUUGUGCGGAGAGCUCCCAGUUAGGAGAGGUUUAAACCUAAUUUUAUUUAGUCCCAUUAAAUAACCACUUGAGCUGUAAUAGGUCACAGCCACCUAGUUUUCUAACCCUCUAUCAUACUAGUUAUCUAAACCUUCCCAUACCUAAGACUAAAACACCUAGUUACUUGAACCCAUCUCUUCCAGCCCUACUAGUACAACACCUAGUUACUUGCCCCCAUCUCUUCCAGCCCUUCUAGUAAAACACCUUGUUACGUGACACCAUCACCUCCAGUCGUACUAGUAAAACACCUAGUUACUUGACCCCAUCUCUUCCAGCCCUACUAGUAAAACACCUUGUUACUUGACCCCAUCACCUCCAGUCGUACUAGUAAAACACCUAGUUACUUGACUGACCCACCCCCAGUCGUACUAGUAAAACACCUUGUUACUUGACCCCAUCACCUCCAGCCCCACUAGUAAAACACCUAGUUACUUGAACCCAUCACCUCCAGCCCUACUAGUAAAACACCUAGUUACUUGCCCCAAUCUCUUCCAGCCCUACUAGUAAAACACCUAGUUACUUGACCCCAUCACCUUCAGUCGUACUAGUAAAACACCUAGUUACUUGACUGACCCACCCCCAGUCGUACUAGUAAAACACCUUGUUACUUGACCCCAUCACCUCCAGCCCUACUAGUAAAACACCUAGUUACUUGCCCCAAUCUCUUCCAGCCCUACUAGUAAAACACCUAGUUACUUGACCCCAUCACCUUCAGUCGUACUAGUAAAACACCUAGUUACUUGACCUCAUCACCUCCAGCCCUACUAGUAAAACAUCUAGUUACUUGACCCCAUCACCUCCAGCCCCACUAGUAAAACACCUAGUUACUUGACCCCAUCACCUCCAGCCCUACUAGUAAAACACCUAGUUACUUGCCCCAAUCUCUUCCAGCCCUACUAGUAAAACACCUAGUUACUUGACCCAUCACCUUCAGUCGUACUAGUAAAACACCUAGUUACUUGACCCCAUCACCUCCAGCCCUACUAGUAAAACACCUAGUUACUUGACCCCAUCACCUCCAGCCCUACUAGUAAAACACCUAGUUACUUGACUCCAUCACCUCCAGCCCUACUAGUAAAACACCUAGUUACUUGACCCCAUCACCUCCAGCCCUACUAGUAAAACACCUAGUUACUUUGCCCCAUCACCUCCAGCCCUACUAGUAAAACACCUAGUUACUUGACUGACCCACCCCCAGUCGUACUAGUAAAACACCUAGUUCGUUGACACCCCCUAGUACUAGUGAAACAUAGUUACUUGACUGCUCCGGCCACCCCUAGUCGUACUAAUAAAACACCUAGUGCACUAGCGUGGUUUUGUGGUGGAAAGAUCAUGAUCAUUCUAGUAAACCAACUCACGGGUUAUUUACUAAAUUGAGAUUUGCUGGGAAUGAAAUGAAUUUCUAAAUUUAGGUCAUGUUUUGCUAAACUUCUACAACAACAAAAAUUUAAGUGAACGGUUUUCACUUUGGCUGUUUUGAAAUUCCUGGCAGGUACUCACUUUAGUAUAUAACCCUUCAAGUGUGGUCAGAGCAGAUAGAUUGUUAGACACAUGCUGUGGGGGCUUUGAGUGUCGAUAUAAAUAGUGCUUCAUGGUGGAAAUCCGUCAUGAAACAGCAAUGUAUGCUUCCCUCCUACAGGAUGUGAAUAAUGCAUACUAGCAGACAGACCUUUUCAUGCACUGCACAGACCUCUUCAUACACUGCCCACCAGCAUGUAGAGGCGAUGUAUGGCUAUAUAUUGUUUGCUUUGGAUGUCUCCUGUAGGCCAGUGCUAUGAUUGGCCUGGGUUAGUCUUAAUAAAGUCAGGAACAUUUAUUAAGCAGAGUGUGGAUAAAAAAAAAACUAGGCUGGAAAACCAGGCCUGGUAGAUCUUUAGUAUAGAUUGGCCCAAUUUGCUCAUGUAUUAUCUAGAUUUAUUCAUCUGGCUGUUGCCAAUAUGGACUUUUUACAUUUAACAGUCUGCAGGUACAGAAUGAACUCCUCUGUUCCUUAUGUUAACAUGAGACCUAUUUGCACAUUUUUAGUAAAAAUAUGAUUGGUCAGAGUAGAUGCCUUUUCCAUCAAAAUGAGUUUUAGAGAGUUUGCUUCUGAUUUUGUUGCCGCUCAGGUGCCAGUUUUCUGCACACAUUUAUUUUGCUCCCUGUUAGGGUUGAGCAUUCCCUAUGAAUAAUUGGGGGUAUUCUACCUAUUACAACACUUUCUUAAUGAAAAUAUGGAAUACAGUGUUAACCUCUAUUUUCUCCCAUUUUAUAUUGAGAAAAUGAAAGUUUGAUAUUUUUUAACUUAGUGCUGCCGUUUUGAGAAUUUCGCAUUGCACUAGUUUUUAACCCACUAUUUUAUUUAAAUUUUAUUGCAAAUAAAAUUGCUUCAUUACUAGUUUAAAUUUGUAUAUCUACCGAGGCCCAGUAUUAUGAUCAUUUAAAAAGUAAUCGGGUUUUAACUGCAUUCACUUAAGUUUGAGGAGUAGUGCUUAUUUACAACCUUAUGCUAGACAUUCAUUUGGACUGUGACUUUUACUGACAUGACAAAUAAUGUUCCUUUAAACCGUUUAAUGAGAAUAUCAUAUUAGUUUUAUCUUGCUGAGCUUCCAUGUUGGGUCAGACUCUGUUACCUGACCAACUGCUGCUCAGCCUAACUUACUGUUGCUGUGAUUGCUGUGUUAACAUGCAGCAGCCAUGUGUAUAUAUAAACAUGUAUAGGAAUAUAUUUUUCAUUAAAUGUAAAACUUUUACAAACGAGAAGUGGAAAUUUUGGUGACCGUUGUCCUUUACUUUACAAUAAUAAGUCAGAUACUGGUGAAAUUCUUCAUAUGUAGAAGAAAAUGCAAAUACUGUUAGCUAAUAUUGUGGCUCAGUGACCUAAAUUCAUGUGCCUGCAAAGGAGGUGUGUAUAGGAACUUCUUGUGGGAGAUAGCCAUCCAAUGCACACUAUCUCUACAAUCUAUGUAAUGGUGGGUCCUUUACAUUGUAUGUGUUAGAUUUUUGCAUAGAAAGCCUUUAACCGAAUUACCGGUAGCCUCAUUAAUCAGCAUUUAGGUGCUUAUCCCUGUGCACUAGUACAGUGGUUUACGUAUGACCGUACUGGUAUGAUUUAGUAAUGUGCAUUUAGUGUAUGUUUGUGGGUUUUACUAUAGGAGGAAAACAGGUCAGAUUUCUUUUUAAAACCAUGGGCGCUGUAUUUAAUGUCGCCUGCUUCUAGCUGCCAAGAAUAGGCUGCAUGUUAUGGCACGUGACCUUAAAAACUACCUCCUGCAUCACGUCAGAAUGGUCUUCCCUCAACCCCAAGUCUGAGCACUCCUUGUACAUAUGCCACAACUUCUGAGAGGGAUAUGUAGCGAAUGGCUGAAAGAAUCCCAGGUGAAAUGUUAUCAACUUUAACCUUUUGAGUGUACUUGUAAGAAGAGUUACCUGGAAAAUGCGCUGCCCCCUUAUUGACUGUGCAUUCAAAGAAGUGACUUGCACUUAUUGAACCCCUCGACACCAUGUAUUGGGGAACUACUUCUCUGUCUGAUGUGGGAAGCUGUCUCAGAGCUACAAAUGUCACCAACAUUAAAGUACCCUGAUAUUGGUAGGGGGUUUAUACUGGGUGCCGUCAUGUGCUCUACUGAAAACUGAAGCCAACAAACAAAUCCUCAAAUCUGCUAACCAUGGAAAUGCGGAAGAACUCUCCCAUUUUAGCUGGUCGCCAGCUAUGCUCGAUGAACGGUCCAACCAGUUCCAUGAAAUGUUGAAAACCUACCAGAAAUUGGCCAAACAGCCUAGACCCUAGCACCAUGGGUAAAGCGACCGGUCUACGGUUAUGUGGUGUCCCCUGAUGUUUCCAGGCACCCUGCAUGUCUUAUUAGAAUGUAGGAGGGCAUAGGAACACAACUGCAGUAAUCACAGUUGAGUGUUUUGAAUUAUCUUCACUGAAUUUGAGACCACAUUCCAAGCCCACUAAUUGGAGUGGGAGCUCCUGAGGCCCUGUGAAAGUGGCGGAGAGUCUCUCCCGAAACUCAGACUCGAGCAAGUUUACCCUGAAUUGGCGUCAGCUUCCAUAUUCUGAUGACAAAAAUAGAGAAUGUGAACCUGGAGCAGCUGAAUUAAUGCUGUGUGUCUACCUACGUCAGAGCAAAGUGUCUGCAAGCUCCCAAUACUGCUGUGCUCUACAUGCCAACUGCUAAGGAAAAAAAAUAGGAGUUUAGUAAAUAAGCAGCAUAUUUUUCAGAUUAGAUCAUUUAGUUCACACAUAGAAGUGCAUCUCAGGUUUGCAUGACCUUUGUUCUAGGUGGCCAGGUUCCCUGUAUUCUGCCCCCAGACUGCAUCUUGCCUUGGGAAGUAGAACCUGCCUAUGACUUUACAUCAACCAUCCAGAAAAAUUUGGAAUGUUUUAAAAAAAUUUCAAGGAUUUGGCACUAGCCCGAAACGCUAGUACAAGGUUACGUUAAUUUUUAUACUAAGCCUGUCCUUUUUUUGUUUUAUUUUUUACAGUAGAUUUCUAAUUCAUAGUUUAGCACUUGCAGCAGUAUAACUGUUAUGGCAUUGCUGCACAAGUUGGUGUUUCCCAAUAAGGAGUGUAGGGGGAGGUAUUAUACAACAUACCAUGGGCAGGUGGCAAAUAUGGGUAGUAUACCAUGGGCAGGGAGUAAGGAAUGGCGAUAUACAGCAUAUGUUAUAAAAAGAGGUUAAAUCCCGUAUUUUACAACAUACUUAGAGGUUGGGUAGUUUACAGUGUACCCUGUUCUGUGGGGGUAGGGGCGGGUAGUGGACAGACUAUCCUCUGAAGGGGAGGUGUCACAGAGAGAAUAUUGAUAAAUGCAGUAACUACAACAGAGAGUAGGGCAUUACACGUCGGAGUCCAAUGCCAGGAAUCAUAAAUUGCUGAUCAAACCAGAGAAACUGUGCACUAUAUCCCACGUUUGGGUUUACAAUAUGUAAAGGGUGCAGCAAAAGCUCAAAACGCACAGGUUUCAAAACCGCACUUUCUAUUGUCUUGAGACGUAAGAGUAUUUUCAUACUUUGUGAACUCACCAGCUGAAGGUCUGGCUAUACCAAAAUACAGCACCAACUGCCAUUCUUUUGGACAAUGCAAAACAAAAUAUUUUAUAUACAUUCACUUAUUACCUUCACCUCAUGGGGUCUAGAGCUUAUGAGGCUUAUAACUUAGUGUAUGAUUCUAGCAGCCAAGCAAGAGGGAAAAAUGAAUUGGGGAUAUGCCAAAAUGCAUAUGUAGUGUGGAGUAGAUACGCAGUGUUCCAUAUAGUAUGGAUUACUGGUUUUAGUCCGACAACUGCAUCAUCCUAAUGUGCUGACCAAAUGUUUAUACUCAUUUAAAUUUUAAUAUGCAUUUCUGAAAAUGUCAGCCGGUUACUUUUAAAAAAAUAAAUAAAUAAAUCAAGCAAACGCAUUGAAUAUUUCAUACAUUUUACUUUCACUCCUAAUGUGUAUACUUUGUUUUCUGGAUCUGUCAGAUUACACUGCAAUUUAUUCAAUUAUACUUACUGAUUUUAUAUAUAUAUUUUUUUUCUGUAGAAUUUGUUAAAUUAAGAAUUUUAACUUUUCUGAGUAUGUGUGAUAAGCAAUUUAUACAUGAGAUUACAAUUUUUAAAAAAAAAAUUUUUAUAGAGGAGUUAUUAUAUCUCUGAUUUAGUCAGUAUCUAUGGAGUUACUAUAAUUCAGUAUUUAAUUUUAUUCCCCAUGUGAACCAUGUUGAGAAAAUGAAGCUGAUGCAAUGUAUAGCGCAGGUAUUGCACAGAUCUGCACAUUUAUUUAAAGUCUGGAUUGACGUCUACCCAUGGUCUGGACCCAAGAUUGGGUGCUCAUUUGCUCUCCAGUGGAUGGAAGGCUGCCAGUAACAUUCCAUGGUAGACUGUACUAUAGGAAUACACACAUUUCUUCAAGAUUAAAUGGGAUUUUAUGGAGUGCAUAGUUCCUAUGAUUGGGGCACAGUCUUCCCUUUACAUCCUUUAAAGGAACACUCAAUGCACUAUAACUACUACAGCCGCUGUAGCGGUUAUGGUGCCAGUCAUGCCCCGUGACACUGUAUCUGGAAGAGCUGCUGGAAUCUCAUGGCAAUUUGGAGAAUGCAAAUCAAAAACCCCCAGGAAAGAGUCCAGAAUCCUUGCCGAUAUGGGAGAAUGGAGUUGGAUAGAAAAUGAAUCCAUUAAAUAUGUGCAUUUUUCAGUGAACACAUUAUCUUAAACCUCAAAAUGAAUUGUUUAAAUAGUGGUGUACUGAGGUCACUCCUUGUAAACCCCUCUCCAUACUAUUUUUAAAUUAGAAUAAUUUUACUAAAUACAGUGGAGCGCUUAACUGUGAUAGUGAAGAUGUAGUUCACUCUGUGAGAUCGAAAAUAAUAUUUGUACUUAACAUUCACUUCUGUGUCUUUUACAAUCUGGUAUUGUGUAUAUACCUGUUAAGAUACAUCUAAAUAACAAAAAAUAGUGGAGUACCCUUUAAAAUAUAUUGUAUCUAUAUGUAAAAAAAUGUAAAAUUUGUAUCUUGUAAUACUUCUUUAUUUAUUUUUAAAAUAAUUUAUUGGACUAACAGAAUUUUUUAAUGGCAAGCUUUCGGGAGAACCUCCCUUUUUCAAGUCUAAAGAGAAAUGCUUUAGGCUUGAGAAAGGGAGGUUCUCCCGAAAGCUUGUCAUUAAAAAGUUAUGUUGGUCCAAUAAAAAAAGAGAUUACGAUACGAAUGUUAUUUUUUUUUACAUUUUAUUUUUUACAUCUGCAUCACUGGACUGAUACGGCUACAAAAGUAUAUAUAUUAUUUUUUCUUUUUUUUUAAAACAAUAAUGGGGCACUCACAUGCUCCAGAGAUAUAACCUAGCUCUGGGAAUAUAUGCCAGUAGGUCCGUGUAGGCGGUCUUCACCUUUCUUCUUGAAGAGUGGUGGUGGUAGAUUUCCUUAUGUCAUGAUGGAUACGGGUAUCUCAGGAAAAGAGAUUCAGAAAUAGUUUAACAUCGCAUAGGAGAGAUUCCAAUAUGUAAAAAGUAAAAUACCCACAAGCCUCAGUAGAACAGCAAGGUAUGGUUAGGCACCAUACCACCCUCUUUAGAGAUGCAGAAACUGUGAUGGUUAAGGAGUAGCAAAUCAAAGUAUACAUUUUAAAAAGUAUAUACUUUUAUUAAGAAUUAACAAAUAAAAUAGUAUAAAAUAUCUAGUGAAGUACCAGAGACGCGUUUUGCUGAAAUAGCUUUCUCAAUUCGGUGCAAUUACAUUAAUAUAGCAUGUACACCAGAUAAGCGCUCAUAUAGAUUAACUGGUUUUUGUUUUACAUUUACACACAGGCUUUGACUCUAUGGUCGCCUUCUUCAGAUUUCUGUAGUUAAUCCCAGGGGUUCACAUUGGCAUAGGGCGUGCCAAAUGUCGUGUGGUUAUGGGAUCCCAUGGAUUAGGAGCCUGGGUUGGUUGGAGUUGUAGUUUGCAGCUGUUUGUCAGUGUGCCACAUCCAAAGCUAUACACACGGCACAUAUUAGGCUAAUGGUUGGCAGAUUACGGCCUAUCCUCUUUUCUAUAAAAUUUUAAUGUAAUUCAAAGUUCUACUCAUUCGUAAAGUAUUUACCUUCCAUGUUGUACAUCCAUGGGAAAAUACUAUCAAUUAAAAAGCCAAUGAUUCCUUCAACUGAAAUUGUAAAAUUAAGCAUCUUUUGAACACGCACCUUUAUAGUGGAAUUUGGUUCCAGACCAGUUCACAAGCCUUGUUUAAGAGCAUUGUGCAUGCUGCCCAUUAGAUUGUAACCUAUGACCUUAUGAAAAUUCCAUUGUUACACUAUUUUUAGAUGGAAUUUUCUUUCUGAGAAUUGGUUAAGGCUAGGGAUGGGAAUAUCAAUAGGAUCUUGUGCGUUGCGGUUAUGGAAAUAUUCUGCAGGCUUUCAGUAAAAACUCAUUUCACUAUCCUGCCCAAAGGAAGAGUGCAACAGUAAACCAGUCCUGCUUUUCCUGUAAAUUCUGCAACUGUACGUAGCAGGAAUAUGCUCCACUAACUGCAUGCACGGAGAGGAAGCCCAAUGUGGAUGAAAGAGAUUGAGGCCAUGGUGUCUAUGUAAUGGGAAGAUUCAACCAUUUUCCUGCAAUACAUUCACCAGAAUAGGCAACCUUUGGCGCACUGCGCAUGUUUUGGACUACAUCUCCCCUAAUGGUUUUGCCAGCAAGAAGUAGUCCGCAACAUGGGGAGUUCUGAAGGUUGCCUACGCCUGACAGUGUUUUAAAAAGUGUACACAUUUAAUUACUAUCCUUUUACUACAGCAGAAUAUUCCUCAAGUGUUUGCCCUUCAGUGAUUGUAAAAGUUAAAAGAAAAUUAACUUAUAUUUUUGUUUUCACAAGAAAGCCAGAUGGGAGAUAGGAAAAGUGUUUAAACUCUGGGUGUAUUAAAUGACCCUUAUAUAAGCAGAGUAGAGCCUUGGUAUAACUAUCGGUAGUUAUAUUACAUUUAAAAACAUUCAGCACAAUUAUAAACAUGUUCUAUACAAAUACUGUCUCUUCCCAAAGUGUUAAUUAAGAAAAUGAAAUUAAUUUUAACAAUGCUUUCAUACAAAAAUCCUAAACGAAAUGGGGCCAAUGGCCUCUUUAAUGGACGUGCCGUCUUAGUUUUAAAUGACUAGAAACAGAAGCAGCACUUUCCUGGAGUCAAUGCAAGGAGAAGGCCUGUUGGACCAAAAUAUGGAUUCUGCGUAUGCUGUACAAAGCAUGAAGACAACCUGUCGCCAGUAAUGCAAGUUGCCUAUAAUUCAUGACUGAGAUGGCACAGAGUCCAUUUUUAAGAACUCCUGAUGUAAAAAAGGAAACUAGCUAACCUCCUUAUGCCUGACUUCUCUAUACUAAGACACAGUGAUUAGAGUCUGGGAUUUGCUACUGCUAUUUUGUCUUUUUGUUUUGCUCUUGAAAGUCCAAAUUUAUCCUCCCAAAUAAAGGAUGGCUUUUCCAAACAGAACCCUCUUAAAAACACUAGUCAAUGGGCUGAUCACUAUUUUCCUUAAAUUGUGGUUCCCUAUACUAUUUUUCAUAUUUGUGUACAAACUAUUCAAUAAAAAUUGAACUGAUGGAAGAAAAACAUUUAGUUGCAUAGUUUUCAGGUCCUCCCCUGCAGUUCCAUCGCUUACUCUUCCUGUAUUGCAUUGUUCAUAUUUAGAAUAAUGUUACACCCAGACGUGUGUAUUUAAUAUGCUUUGUAGCAAGGGCUUAGAGAGUCUGUAUACAAAACCUUUAACUUCGAAUCAUCCAUUUAUGGCACCACCGACUCCAGUAAUCCAAAAUUACUUCCGACUCGGACUCCACUACUUCGAUCCCACAUCCCUGCUUUGUACGAGAUCUUAUUUUGAGGGGCUAGGCUUUAUCUUUCCGGAUUGCCUGUUUAAUUCUAUAUAGGGACUCUCAAAUAGUUAGUGUUUGUUUUAGUUUUUCUUUAAGUAUUUGUAAGUGGUUAGGGUUUUUUUUUAAUCCUUAAUUUAACAUAUGUAAUGAACUUUAAAAAAACUGGUUUACAAUUUUAUUUACUUUUUAAACAGAUAAAUGUAUUUAUUUUUGAAGUUCACCAAAAUGACAACUACUAAUUCACCUGACCAUCAUUUUAACUUAAUACAUAUUUAUUUUUUAUUCCAAGCAUUUGAUGAUUAUGUGUAAAGCUAGCAUUGAAUGAGUUGGUUUAGGAUGUACUCACCAUUGAUAAUGUGUAGCUGUGAAUAAUACAAUAUCAAAUUGUAAUCUGUGGAACUUUUCUGGAUUUCUAUUUUUUAUUUUUAUAUUUUACACCGUACCUUUUGUUAGUACUUGGUACAAUGUAUUGUGGGUUAAAGAUUUUCAUGAUCUGUUUUUUUUUUAACUCUUUGUAGCUGAUAAAGCAGAAGACAAUGAGAGGAAACCUGAAGUAGCUGCUACGCAUCCAGCUCCUGCUGUUAAAAAAGCUCCCCCAUCGCCAUCCUCUCUCAUGCCAAUGAAACCAAUCUCUUCACUGCCACGAAUACCAAUGUUGAAGAAGACCACUUCCUCCACAGCACCAGUAAAGCAGCCAGUAAAACUGCUUCCUGCCAUCUCCAAGAACCCAUCAACCAGCAAAGUUGUGUCUCAUCCACCUUCCUCAGCCAUCAAGAAACUUGGACCAAUCCCCAAAAAGUCCUCUGUGCCGCUUACGUCUGUUGUGUCUGGUUUAAAGAAACCAGUCUCUUCCACUAUAACCACUGAACAGAAGAAACCAGCUGCUGGAUCCUCCACGCGCCCACUCUCUUCCUCUGGAUCGAGUUCCCAAUCCAAGCCAGUGGCCAGUUCCUCUCAGUCUACGCCGAACAUACAGAUACGGCAGAACAUUCGCAGAUCUCUGAAAGAAAUCCUAUGGAAAAGGUGGGGGAAGAAUUGUCACAGGGAAAUUUAAAUUUAGAAAAUGUAAAUGGAGAGUAUAUUAUAUAUAUAUAUAUAUAUAUAUAUAUAUUGCUACCUUUUAUGCAGUGGGUAACUAAAACAACGGUGUUAGGGCAUCAAGGUUAAUAAUUUAGAUUCAGUGUAUUUAACUGAAAAAAAAAGUGAAAGCACACAAAAUACAUGCAACAUUUAUUUUGUCAAAUCAAUAUACGGCUGUUGUACAUAAACCUAAAAUGUGUAACAAUAGAUUUAAGCGGAGUGCGUUCAUUUUCAAUGGGAGAGCAGCAAGAAGGCUUAGACCACAAUAAAUUCUCUGAUUUUUCUUUGGGACUAGGAGCAAUGAGAGCAUGCCUUGUUUAGGAAGUGAUCCCCGCCAUAGUACUUGGUUUGAGCUAUUCUAUCAGCCGUUAAGCAUUUAAUUAAUGGAGAAAUGUAGAUUCAGAGAAUGGCUCCAUUUUUUCCCUUUUCAUAAAACAAGAGCCAGUUACCCAUACCAUGUUGAAUAGUGUUUCUGGGUUAGAUCUUUUCAAGUUAGCUCAGCUGGGAACUCUACAGGAAAUCAGGGGCAUGCAGAAACUCCAGCCAUAAUGAAAAUAGAGAAUUUGCCAUGAAAUAUAUACUGUGGCUGGAAGUAAAUGCAUAUAUAGCACUGCUGCUUAUACUAACUCUACCUCGCUUUGCUCCUGGGCCUCUAUUAGUGACUAUUUCAUAAGAAGUGGGCAAAUGUGUAACGAAUCCUGAGCCAUAACCAGGUUGCUCCCAUCACUUCUUGUGGUCAAGACAAGCUGUUCUACCCUGGCAAACACUGCAGUAGUGAUUACUGGGGCAAAGAAAAAGACAAUCUCAACAUAUUACUGCAAUCAUUUAUAUAGCCACAAUUUGUAGUAUUGUACCUGCAUAAUUUACUGUAUGCUGCAAAUAUUUUAUAACUGGUUCCUUACAAAAUGUUUUUUUUUAAUUCAGGUUUCGGGUUUGCACGGUAUGUUUAAUUAUAGGUCAGGGUCAUGUCUUAAUUCCGCCUCCACUUCCCAAUAAGAAGUCUGUUUUUAAUGCUAACUGAGAUCAGUCACAUCUUAUAUUGGUUGAACUUUUCACAUCCGUCAAAGAUGAAAUGCAAUAUUGGACCCUUUUAGAUUAAUUGAUGACAAAUCAAAACAUUUGUUUACAUUAUUAUGUAUUAAUGUAUGGUCAGAAAAUGAUCUGGAGUGUAAAUAUACAUGUUUGUUCUAUAGGGUCACUGAUAGUGAUGAUCUGGAGAUGGCUGAGAGUGACGUGAUAAAGAUUGCAAUGAACAUUGAGAAAGAAAUGUUCAAUCUGUUUCGAGAUACUGACAGCAGGUACAAGAGCAAGUACCGCAACUUAAUGUUUAACCUCAAAGAUCCUAAAAAUCAGGUGAGUGCUUUACCAAUAGACUUGCUGAGUAACAUUUCACUGUCUACUAAAACAAUAAUUGUUUACAGCUUUACAUUGGUGUAUUUCACCAACACAGCCAAUAAGCAUUGUCUUCCUUGUUUUGAUCCAAGCAUUUUAUUUUCAGGGGCUUUUCCACAGAGUUCUUCGAGAAAAAAUAUCUCCAGCAAAAUUGGUUCGCUUAAAACCAGAGGAGCUUGUAUCAAAAAAGUUAUCUUCUUGGAAGGACGUGGGACCUAAACCGGUGAGUUAUCUUACUGACAUAGACCACAUUUUCAGUGGAAGAAGACUACGCUGCACAUUCCAUUGUGCGAUUUAGAAACUGUAUUAGUCAAUAAGUGUAUCAUUUUCAUUGGACAAUGUGAACAUUACCAUUUCAGGUAUAUUUCAAGUAUGUCCUGUCAGUGUAAGAAUAAAUACCAGGGUUAAAUUGUUCAUUUCUCAGUGCGGCUCUGACAUCCUACUUGUUCUUUUACUCAGAAUUCAGCCCUGAAAGUGAAGUCACGGAUGGACAAGGUGCUCUCCCCAAGGCAAGCUGUGAUAGACAUGGAGGAAUCUCCACCAAUGUCUGAUACGGAUACGGUAAGCUGUGCUUACACUGUGCCCAUCCUGCUGCUCUUUCUGCCAUUCCUCAUUGUUUCAAUAGGAAAUACAUCAUUGGACAGAAUGUUUUAGCACACAGUCCAAGGGAUGUGAUGUGAUCAGUCUGUAGAACAAUGGCGCACUGUAUUGUGUGUGUGAUUUAAUUCCCCUACAGGAGAUGGUGUUUUAACCCUUCAUUUUCUUUCAUGCAUCAGGAGCAACCGGAAACUGUGAAGAUUCCUCCACCUGAGAAAAACAUUUCGGUUCUGCCUGACAUAUUCAGCAGUAUGUUGAGUGACACCACCAGCCAGCAUCGUGCCCAUCUCUUCGACCUCAAGUGCAAAAUCUGUACAGGUAGCUGUCCACAAAAGCAGUUUUCUUUAAUUGAUUUCAAGGAAUGAAUGCCACCAGCUUCUACCAUGCCUGUGGUGUUUCUCAGCUCUGUGAGUUGGCAUGGGUAUAUCAAUAACAUGCAUCAUGUUCUUUGAUAUUCCCAGUUAAAGAAUGGGAGUCCCGAGACUGCCUAAGUAAUGUAUUUAUUUAGAAAAUCAUUUACUGGGAAGGAUCAUGUAAUCUCUAAGAUGGCUGAUAAAUCUACUAUGGAACAUUGCUUUUAGAUUUCAGGAAUCGUCUUUGUAAUGUCCCACUCACCCAUUUAAUCCUGAUUCAUUCUGUGUAUGAUAUUCAGGUCAGAUGUCAGCUGAUGAUGAGCCCCCACACAAGCGUCAGAAAACUGCUGCUGCAACAUCCAAGAAACCUGAACCAAAGUCUGAGCCAAAGCCAGAGAUUCCUGAUGAGGCUGUACCACCGCCACCAACAGAUGAUGAAUCGGACACACAGAUGGAAACCAGUGACAGCACCACAGCUAUUCCCGAGAAAGGCCCAGAUAGCACACCCUUACCCAAUGCUUCCCCCGGCCAUCCUGAGCUGCCCUUUGUUACUCAAGGCCCUCUAUACCAACCCAUCAGUCAUGUCACCACAGUCACGGUAUCUGGUAGGGACCCAAGAACUGCAGUCAGUCGUCCAGCUCUUGUCAUAUCAACUGCCACAGACACUUCCAAAGUGGUGCGCGAGCCUGAGGAACCAUCUGCAGCAGCAUCCGUCUCUCUUCCUCCAGUCUUCAGUGCGCCCAAGUCUAUACUGACGAAACCACAAGUCUCCGACAGCAGAUAUUUAGCUUCUUCACCAAGCCACAAGUGCGUAGUCCUUGUAGUUAUCUAUAUGUGCUGCUAUUUUAACACCGUCAAAUCCAGUUGUCAUACGAAUUUGACCUUUUAAAAAAACUUACUUUAUAAGGAAUGUCCUUAACUACAGACAGGCCUGGCUUGUCACGAAUGAGUAGGGUAUUGCUUUUCAAAGUAAAUUCUUUAAAGAGCAGAUUGUUAGGACCUACACUGGUUAAAAGGGGUUGUUCAGUGUGCGUUAACUUGUUGGUGGGUGUACUGACAGGACACAUGAUUGUUUAUGCACCAAAUGUAUAAUUGCAGCAUGUCAGUAGCCCUCAGUGACUGUAUGAUAUAGUGUCAUCUUGCACUAUUCCUGUCACUGAAGCCUCCGGCAUGCCAAUGGUGCAAUUGUUAUUACACAAACGUCUCCUGAGCACUUCUGGUCUUGUAGGAGCACAGAAGGUAAAUUUAAAUCAAAAAAACAAAUUUUCAAUAGGUGUAAAUCUGUUUGUAUCCACCUCCUAUAUACUGUGAUUAGUAGAAAUUUUGACUCCUCACAGAAUUACCGUUUUUAGAUUAUGACCCCAUUAUUAGAAACCGAUGAUGUAAUGUGUUGUAUGAAAACAUGGCUGCAGUAUAGGAAUACAGUUUUCAUAACAAAUAUCUAUUUCUAAGUUCGAUUCUCAUUACAAAAUUGUAGUCUCUUAUCUGAUGCAGUACAACACUCUGUAAUGGUAUACUAUAGUCACCAAAACAGCUUAUCUUAAUGAAGCAGUUUUAGUGUACAGAUCAGGCCUUUGAAGUCUCACUGCUCAAUUCUCCGCCAUUUAGUAGUUAAAGGGACUCUCCAGUGCCAGGAAAACAAUCCGUUUUCCUAGCACUGCAGGUCCCCUUCAGUGACUUACCUGAGACCCCCGCCGAUGUCCCUUGGCGGUGGUUUCGGGUCGCCGCCGCUCCUCCCCUUUCUCACGUCAGCCGGCGGGGGAGACUGCGCGGCAUUCGCAUUAGAGCUCUCCAUUGAAAAGCAUUUUCAAUGCAUUCCUAUGGGGAGUUGAGCGAUGCUGGAGGUCCUCACACAGCGUGAGGACGUCCAGCGAUGCUCGAGCACAGAAAACCUGUGCUAUGAAGCAGGAAGUGCCCUCUAGUGGACAGCCACUAGAGGUGGAGUUAACCCUGCAAGGUAAUUAUUGCAGUAAAAAAAACUAAAUAAUGAAAACUGCAAUAAUUACAGUUGCAGGGUUAAGGGUAGUGGGAGUUGGCACCCAGACCACUCCAAUGGGCAGAAGUGGUCUGGGUGCCUGGAGUGUCCAUUUAAAUCACUUUUGUUUCUGUUCAUGCAGCCAUAGCCACACCUUCCCUGGCUACGACUGACACAGCCUGCAUGGAACUAAAUAGUUUAAUUUUCAAUCAGAUGUUAACUGUACACGUUUUUACCUCCUGCUAUGUAAAUUGAACUUUAGUCACACAUAGCCGGGAUUAGCAAGCUAUUAACAGAAGAUAAGCAAUUCUACAUUAAACAGUCUGUGCAAUAAAUGAAGUAUAAGCUGUAGAUCUCUCUUUACAGGAAAUGUUUGGAGGAUUGUGCAAGUUACAUGGCAGUAGGUGUGGCUAGGGCUGUAUAAACAAAGUGAUUUAACUCCUAUAUCUCAGAAAAUUGAGCAGUGAGUCUCCAGGGACAUGAUCUAUAUACCAAACCUGCUACAUUGAGGUUUUUUUUUCGUAACUAUAGUGUCCCUUUAAGUUCCUUCGAGAGUAGUUAAUGCUACUGUCUCUAUUAAUUACUUUGGAAGCAUUCCCUGUUCACAGUAUUUUUUAUUUGACCUGCUUCUCUGGUUUCAUAUUUUCAGUAUCGCAGAUAUUCGCACUUCUCAUGAUGGAGACACAUCCCUUUUCCUGUCACGCUUGAGUCCCAUCUGGAAAGGAUUUAUAAACAUGCAAUCUGUGGCCAAGUUUGUCACAAAAGCAUUCCCCGUUUCCGGCUCCAUUGAAUACCUGAAUGAGGUUAGUCAGCGGGGUUUACAGUUCCACAGACUGGGAAAAUAAGUCUGUGCUAUGUGGUUGUAGACUCAAUUACAAAUUCUUUAAUGCUGCUGAUUAUCCAUAUAGUAAUAUUAAGGAUGUUUAUAAGCACUAAAACCACUUCAUUUACUGAAUUCAGACAAUGUUAAACUGCAUUGUUUACAUUUUAUAUGAAAUUUACCUCCUAGUUUCUGUCUGUUUUAGUUUUUUGAGAGGGUACGUGGGGAGGUUAACAAUUGUUUUGACCUAGGCAGGCAUUGGGUCACUGGAAUCUAUACGUGGUUAUUUUAUAAGUGCUUUGCAAAUUAUUUAUCCUCCACAUCCUAAUUUAGGACCUACCCGAUACUAUCCAUAUUGGUGGAAGGAUCUCUCCGAAGACAGUCUGGGAUUAUGUCGGAAAACUUAAAUCGUCUGUUUCAAAGGUAUUUAUGAAGUGCAAAAGCUUCAACGUGCAAUACAUUUAUAGUAAAAUCUGAUUAACAUUGAAAGUAAAAUGCAGUACGAUAAAUGAUUCUGCUUUAACGUAUUGAGAAGUCCAGCAGAGUUCAUGGUAAACUUACUUCAAAUAGUUAUGCUGCCGUUUUUUUUCUCAUUUAUCAAAAUUACACAAACUUAAUUAAAAAUGUUAGUUUCAUUACAUAAUCAUUUCCUGAAGAAUCACACGACUUUGCCAAAUUGUAUAUUGUUUCAACAUGUAAACUAGCCAACUGUGUUUUUGCUUUCGAGAAUAGCCAUGUUUAAUUACUUUUUUUGUGGACUUUGCCGCCUCUGCAGGAGCUGUCUCUGAUUCGUUUCCACCCAGCCACAGAAGAGGAAGAAGUGGCCUACAUUUCACUCUACUCAUAUUUUAGCAGCCGUGGACGUUUUGGGGUCGUAGCAAAUAACAACAGACAUGUCAAGGAUCUCUAUCUCAUACCGUUAAGUGCCAAGGAUCCCAUUCCAUCCAAAUUGUUGCCCUUUGAGGGACCAGGUAAGCAGCCUUUAGAAGUUAGAUGCUAGUGUAAAUUAAAUGUAUCUGUAUAUACAUGUCAAUGGUAAGUAAGUGUAUAGGGCAGUGUAUACAAUGCACCAGGUUAACUGGAGAGCAAAUUUUUUUUUAUAAAUUGUUGCUGUAGGUAAAUGUUUGGUGUCUGUGUGUAUAUAUGGUGGAUCAAAAAAAAACACCGAAACAAUGAGGUAGUCAUGUUUUGUUUUUUCCCCUCUAUUAAAAAUAAAUAAAAACAAAAAAAAAAAACUGAAAUGUGGUCAUUUAUUUAUUCACAUCAAAAUAAUUGGCAGCAAUCCAUGGUCAAUAUACGGAGUCAGACCAAAAGCAGUCACCAUGAAGAUGUUUCCAGCAAUGAAGAAAGUCUUCAAAAGAAAACAAAACUGUUAAAACCCAGGAUUCCCUCAAUUUCUGCAAUUAAAUGAUACAUGAAAUCUGCACUACAGGGUUGGCAGGAAGUCCAUAGUUUAAAUAAUUGUUUGCUGUGGGGUGUAUUCUUUAGUGGCAGAGUCCUACAUUUAGAAACAAAGUAUUGCAUUUUAUGCUCCUUAAAUUUAUCUCUGGCCCAGCUCUUCCCUACAAAUCUGUUGGACUUGGCUAACUCUAUCCCUCCUUCCCUUGAUGCCCUGGGUAUGACCAUAUGAGCUUUCCCCGAGCAACUAAAUUCUGGAUUGUGGAGAUAAUGCAAGGUCUUAGUUUCUCAGCAAAAUAAAGUACUUCGCAAGUACAACUUCACUUCCAUCACCACAAACAAAGUCAUUUAGCACGUUUCGCUUGCGCCAAGUGGCCUUCAUUUCUGUUUGCUAAGCUAGAAGCUUGGACGGUUUACAAAUCAGUUAUUUUUGGGUGUGUGGCAUCCAUUUUAAAAUGGCUGGGAGUAAAGAGAUAUUUUGGUUCUGAGGAGAGCAAAUCAGAAACAUAGAGAAAUGAUUUAGAUAACUUUUUCGGAACCCAUCACAUGUUGAAUGCACAUUUUACAGAACCAAUAAUUACAUAAUUAAGAAUAGUUAGAGUCCUGUUUCCCAAAGUACAUGCAUGUUUUGGGAGUAUAAUAGCUUCAAGCAACAACGCACCUUGUCACUUUUAUUUGUUUUAUUAUCUAAAUAAAUAUUGGCUUUUAAAGACUGCCAUUUGGGGUGUUUGUCAGAAACUAGAAAGGUUUUUUUUUUUUACACUAAUAAUUUCAAUUAAACAUGAAUCCCUAACCCGGAAAAAGUGACAGUUCUAGAGAUCUGUGAAGGAAGAUUGUUACCAUGCCAAAUAAUUUUUCUGUAAGCUUUCAUUAAGCAUAUACUGCCCAGUGCAGACUAUAAAAUAUUCCUUUUUUUUUCUUUUCAUAACUUUGAAGUUUGGGAAUUUUGCAACAUAAAAAGGUUAAAAGUCUAGACGCAAGAGUUUUUGUAUUUUGUUAAGACCUAGGUGACAUGUAUACAUCAUGAUUUUAUUAAUGUUUCUCCAAAUAUGAUGUCUUAAUAUUUAGAUACAUAUAGCCUUUUGAAGUAGAGGUCUUUAACCAAAAACCCUACCUUAUUAAAAUAAAAAAUUAAAAUAUAUAGUUCAUUGCUAUAUUCAAACUAUUUCAAGACAUUUUAAUAUGUGCGCGAGUUAUUUCUUUUUUUGGUUAUCCAUAAUGUCUGUUCUCUGUAGUCAGGAAAUGUGCAUAUGGGUAUUGCUUGGAUGUGCGAUUAAGAUUUUAUUGACUAUUUAUUCUUCUGUUAACUUCUAGGUCUUGAAUCUGGGCGUCCAAACCUAAUUUUGGGAUUGGUUAUUUGUCAGCGGACCAAACGACCAGCUGCUAAUGAGCCAGAAAAGUUUGAAGACAAGCGAACAAAAGGUCCAACCCAGGAGGAAGCAGACAUCUUAAACUUCACAAAAGUGCCUGUGGCUUCUGUAAUAGACAAAAAAACUCAGAAAUAUACUCCAUAUUCAGCUGAAUUAGUGAAAAGUACAACGCCACCUGGCUCACCCCCUCCUCUUCCAGAACCAAAAGCAACAGUUUCUAAGUCAGACAUUGUUCCUCCUGUCUCUAAUACAUCAGUUCGCUCUUCAUCACCUGUACGGGAGACUUCGACACCUGCUGUGUCUGCAUCAUCAGCCUCUUCAAAGACUGCUACCCCAUUGGAACAUAUUCUAAAGACCCUUUUUGGAAAAACAGCAGAGGGGAAGAAUGAAAGUGCCAGCGCUCCUAAAGAAGAACCAGUUACUGAGAGAGGAUUUGCAGGCAUUCCCUUAAUAGACCCAAUUGUUCAGCAGUUUGGGCAGUUAUCUAAAGAAAAGCCUAUUGAAGACGAAGAUGACAGACCGUAUGACCCAGAAGAAGAAUAUGACCCGGAAAAGGCAUUUGGGAGCUCUACAAUUGUUAGUAAUGAUAAACCAUAUGAGCCAGAACAGCCAUGUGAAAAUUUGGAAGAUGAAGAAGCCUAUGAUCCUGAAGACGAAACCAUAUUAGAAGAAGCAAAAGUACCAAUUGAAGAUUUACCAAAUAAAAUGUCCUCUACAAGUAACCUAAAAUCUGUGGAAGUGUCUUCAGAAUAUGUAUCCUCUAUUCCUGACUCUUCCUCCCUCAUUGAGCAGCAGAAAAUGCUGGAUGAAUUGAAUAAACAAAUAGAAGAACAAAAGAAGCAACUGGAAGAGCAGGAGGAAGCUCUGAGACUGCAACGUGCCGCUGUUGGUGUUUCUAUGGCACACUUCUCCGUUUCCGAUGCACUGAUGUCACCUCCACCAAAAUCGUCAAUACUUAAAAGUGAAUUGUUUCAGUUAGAGCCAAAUGCAGAGGUAUCCACACCACUGAGCAAUGAUCAAUUUAUGAAUCAAAAUCGUGAUUCACGACAACUUCGAGAUCCUCGACAACAAGCAUUGAAAAGGAUACGCACAGAGAAUGACCCUCCCAACGCACAGUUGCAAACUGAAAAAAAUCCCCAAACAUUUACUACUGAAAGCAGCGAAGACACUCUUAAGGACUCCAUGGUUAAUCUGCCUAGCAUCAAAGUAGAGAAAGUGAAGCCUAAUUUGGAAGUGGGCCAGCAGAGUCCUCAAAAACCAACUGACAAAAUUUAUGAAAAAAAUGUAAAUACCUUCAUGCCUGAAGACAGCUCUUGGUACAAAAAGCUUGACUCUUCAGAGUCUGUAACAUCCAUUGAAGCAACAGGCACCUCAAAGUCCAUUCGUAAGGUGUUGCUACCAACUCCUGGAACUAGUACGCUGUUACAGCAGAAAUUGACACAAGGGGAAGGGGAAAGCGUAGCUCACUCUACUCCACCUGUGGCUCCCUGGCCCAAUGAAUCUCAAAACUUUGACUCACAAAUAUCAUUGACUGCCCCUACUUCUCAGACUGGUAUGCCACAAGAACAUGUUUCAGGUGCUUUUGAACCAGAAAAGGCAACAUUUCUACCCCAAACAGACCAUAUCCACAAUCAAGCACCUCCCUUUAUAGAGCAAAUUAAGCCAGUGGUUCAGCAAGAAAACCGACUUGGACCUCCAUAUUUAAUGUGUCCCACAGGAGGCCCAGCUCAAAUGCAGUUUAAAAAUGAACAGGAUAUUCCAUCAAUAUUUGGUGAACACAGGCCAAUUCAAAUGCCCAACCUUCCAGGAACAAGACCACCUACUCGAUUCUCUGACGAGAAUGUUCCAUCCAAUUUAGAAAUGCAAAGAGGUCCAAUACCUGAACGUGUAGUGGAUCAAAAGGGGCCUAUGCCUUUACUGUCUACACAGUUUGGACCUCCCCCUUCUAUUAAUCAUCCAUUUGGAGAUAGAACUCAACCUCCUCAAUUUGUUGGUCAAAGAGGACAAUCACCACCUAUAUUUGACCCACAAAGUGGUCCUCCUUCAGAAUUUCAUGAUUCGCAUUUUAGUGGUGUGAAUGAUGGUUCUCCCAGGUUUGAUGGGCAAAGGGGUCAGGUGCCACCUCAAUUUAUGGGAAAUAGAGGACAGCAGUUUAAUUUUGAGGGCCCAAGAAGAGCACCACCAUCUCAAUUUAAAAUGCAUAGAGGUGUUCCAGUACAACCUCAAUAUGGAGGUCCUCAUGGCCCCCCGCCAAACCAAUUUGGAGGUCCUCGUGGACCUUUUCCAAAUGAAUUUGAAGUCCUAAGAGGCCCAGCUGCAGGCCCCUAUCCUGGACCAAGGGGCCCCCAGCCACACAAGUUUGAGGAGCAAAGAGAAAGUCCACCACCGAUGUUUACCAACCAACGAGCGCCAGCACCACAUCCAUUUGGAGGACAACGUGGAAAUGUACCACCUAGAUUUCCUGAACCGCAAACACAAAUACUGAAACCCCAGCAUAGACCUCUGCUUGAACUUCCAAGUAUCCCUCCACUGCAAGCAUGGAACAAAGGAGGAAAACCAGACAUGCUUCACAACUACGCAGAGCAGAGGCAAGGUCAGGAACAACACUGGGAAGCAAAUGAAUUUAGACAAAAUAAGGACCAUAGAAACCAGGGAUUUGAAGGAAGACCUAGAGAGCGAUAUGAAGGUCGUAGUGAUCCUGAAGUGCACAUGUCUGAACAAGUACCAGUCAGAGGAUAUGAGGAAAGGCGUGGGGAAAGAGAAUCAGAUGGCCAUUGGGAUAGAGAUGGUGGUAGAAACUGGAACAGAGAAAGGGACAGGAACUGGGAUAGAAACAAAGAUUGGGAGCGACCAAGGACAAAAGAACCAAACCGUGAAUGGGAUAAAAGUAGGGAUGGAGACAGAGAAUCGGAGAGGAACCGGGACCGUGACAGAGAUAAAGAAAGGGAUAGAGACCGUGACAGAGAUAAAGACAGAGACCGAGAAAGGGAGAAGGAGCGUGACAGAGAACGGGAACGAGACAAAGAAAGAGAUAGGGAUAGGGAGAGAGAAAGGGAGAGGGAAUAUAGAGAGCGGGAUCGAGAUAGGGAGAGAGACCGAGAGCGGGACAGAGAUAGAGGGAGAGACAGGGAAAGGGACAGAGACAAAGAUCGGGCUCGAGACAGGGAAAGGGAUGCUUAUAGGCGCCGUGACAGAGAAAGGUCUAGAAGCCGGGACAGGGACAGAACAAGGGAAAGAGACAGAGAUAGAGGAAAAGAUCGGUCGAACAGAAGUAAAAGCACAGAGACAAACAAAGACUCUAAAUCUGAUCGUUUAAAGGACUCUUACAGAAGCCUCCCAACAGAAGCUGCAUCUAGUCAAACAUAAUGGCUGCCUGAACAUAGGCAGAUAACAUUCAAAGGAACUGUACUUUACUGUAUAUAUUUAAUUGUAUAUUUGUAUAGAGAUGUAAUGUCAUUUUAUUUUCCAAAAAGAUUUCUUGUAAGUCAAUUUUUCCUUUCAGCUGUUUAUAAACAGCCUUGGACUAUUUCAUUUGUUGUAAAAAAAAAGAAAAAGAAAAAACCUCCUCCGAUUUUCUACCAAAGUACUUUAAACCCAUUUAAAAUCAAGCUCACUUCCACUGCUGGAUUUGGUUACGGCUGGAUUUGUUAUAUACAGAUGGAUGUAAUGCCAGUGAAGAGCAUAUUGCUUUUUAAAGAGACUGUGUAGUUAUGUUUUUCUAUAACUUGUAAACCUAUUUUUUUUUUAAACCAAUUUGCAGCUCAGUCUAGAAGAACCUUGCACUGAAAGUAAUUGGUUUUCCUAUAGAUUGUGAAGUGCAUACUUUAUAAAUUUGUGAGUUUAUUGUAUAUAAUAGUCAAAAGAUUACUGUAUUUAUCUUCCUUGAAGGAAACCUUUGUAAAAAUGGUUUCACAAUACACCUCUCAAACCAUAGAGUUUGUAAUGUUAAUGUUGGUAUUUAAUACGGCAAAGCUCCGUAAUGGACUGGUGCAGGACUCUGACCAUUACUGUUAAGAUUGGUCAAACUGGUUGUUUAUUCUGCAUGCAGUUUCCAAUUGGAACAAAUAGGUGACAAAGCAAAGCUUAAAUAUUGACACAUUUAUAAAGGGCAUACACACAUAACUUGGUGGUAAAUUUUUAAAAACAGACUAUAUCAGUAUGCACACUGUUAAAGUAGUAGGAGCGCACCAGUAUUUGUCCAAAAGUUCAUUAACUUUCCCAAAUCAUUUUAUUUUUUUCUGACGUGGAAAAUGGCUGUCUCCACAGUGGUGUGUGUGUGUGUGCAUGUAUAUAUGUCACCACUAGCCAUUAGCAAGUAGAAAUUAGUGUGCCACAUACACUCCAGGCUUGUAGUGGCAUAGGAUUUAACAUUUUGAGCCCUGUACGUAUGCAUAUUUGUGUCUAUAUUUAAAAACAAAAAAAACUAAAAUUACCAUAUUUUUGGAAAACAGUCUAAAUAUCCAAAUAAAUAUUUUCACGAGCGCGCUGAUAGAGGAACUGAAAUUUAUAAUCUUGUGGAGUACUUCAAAUCUAAGUGGUGACAAAUUACUUUAUUUAAAUUUUUAAAGCCAAAAAAAAAAAAACAGUAUGUUCCCCUUAAGCUAAACGAAGUGUCCAAGUCUGGGCUGUAUCCUACUAAUAUGACCUACAAGUCCCUUUGUAGUAAGAUUUCUUCCAGCGAUUCAAUGUGGUGUGUAAAAAGGUUCCCUCGGAUUAAAUCCUCACUAUAAUGCUUGCCUGUGUAAAGAUCAAGUCACGGUUUAAGGAAUUCCCUGAGUAUGUUGUCAUAUCCAUUUUAUAUUCCAAACACUGUACAUUGAAAUUGUAAUAUGUUUUUCUUUUUGUAAGAAGAAUAAAUAGCUACAUCUGUUAAAAUAUCACCUUGAAUUCAUUCAAUAUGUCAUGGGAUUUCUUCCAAUUCUGGGGGAAAAAAAGUCCUAUCGGAUUUAUUUGAACUAUUUUAC